AUGCCGCAGAGAAAGAGGAGUUUCACUUUUGGAGCCUAUGGAGGGUAAGCAUUAAAUCCUUAAAAUGUGUCGAAUGACUGAACCUCCUUAAAACACUGUCCUGUGUGUGAUUGUGCCGGUGUGUUAUCUGUUUGUGUCUCCCUGUUUGAUGACUGUGCAGAUUCUGGAUCUGUGUGUGUGUGUCUGCAUGUUUGUGCCAUUUGCACAGGAAUGCUGUCACUUACAUUCAUGAGAGCAGCUUUUGUUUUAAAUGUCAUGGUUGUCAUUUAUUUUUUUAGCUUUUUAUCGCAGUUUGGACGUGAUUGUAAAUUUGCUUUAAGAUUCUAUCCAUUGGGAAUGACGUAUCAGAUCUGGAGGCAUAGUCAUACCUCAGGUUCAGGUUCCAGGGAAGUAUUACUUAGCCCCCCCACAAAGCUGAUAUGGGAAGUGAUGUCAUUGUAUUAGGAGCCCACUUAAGACUUAACAGGUUACUGAGUAAACAGGUGCCUCAAUGCAACUGCCUUCAGUGUGUCCAUGAGUUAAAGGUAGACUCAAGUUUGUCUUUAGAUUAGAUAGACUAUCUGCAGAGUUCAGUGUCUGUGCUGGGCUGUUCACUGAUUUUGGCGUCAUGGCCACAGUCCUAAUUGCUGUCAGUGUGUGUGGGCUGUUAGCCAGGUGGAGCCAGACUCACUGGGCAGUCAUGGUAGGAAGAGCCUGCUCGAGUGGGAGAACUCAACAAACGCCUUUGUUGGUGGAGUCUCCUUAUCGGAGCUUCUCAGUGGGCAUGAAUGAUCCAAAUAGAGUGAAUAGGGUUGAAUGGUUACACUCAAUUUGCCAUUUAGCUUCCUCUCUGGAGAGAUGAGUGUGAGCCGGACUUAGCAUUGUUCUUAAACUGCUAGCUUUCUGAGCGAGACGCUCCAGUGAGAGAGAACAAGUAUCACUGAUCUGGUUGUGAACUUUUUCUGUGUCAGACUUUGAGCACACCAUGACUGAUCAUAGGGAUACUGCAGAUAACUUUCACCAUGCAAUACACUCUCUAUAUGCCUUUGCAGUGAGUUAGCAUAUUGAUCUAGCCAGGCUCAACAGACCUGGUUUACCCUUGAAUCUCAUGUCUGGUUUCGUGCCCGUGUUUCACUCGCGCUCGAGCUGUUACCUGAGUGAAUGUUUGCUGCAGCUGGUGGAAAUAUUUGUAAACAACUGGCAAGUACCAGUGGGAAUUUUCCACCUUUUUGCCUCGCGGAGGUUGCUCUUGCAUGGCAAAAAUAGACCAAAAAGAAGGUGCCAAAUAAGGAUAUUUACUUUGGCACGCAACUCAGAACUGAGAUAAAUACUUAAUGGGGAGUGCUUUUCAGAAGAAAAGACUGAUCGUGAAGAAUAUCUGGAUGUUUUUGAAAUUACAUGUCCUGUCCAUUCUCCAGAUCCUAUUCUCUAGAGAGCCAUCUGGAUUAUAGGUUAAGGUUAAUGUACAAUGAAUGAGCGGUUAUGCAAAUAAGAGCCAAGGAUCCCCGGGAAACUCAUUGGGGUUUAUUGGAUUUUGAUUUUCAAAUAAACACCCAUUUCCCCCCACGGUCGUGACGAAUUAAAAACUCAAUUUCCAGUUAAAUUGUGGAAUGAAGAGUUAUAAAACUGUUCACACUUGGUUUACAGCUCUGAUUGUUUCAAAUAAGACUCCAUCUUUGCGUUUAUCAUCCAUUGAUUAUCCCAUUCAGAGGCAGAAUCAGUCCAAGAUGAAGUCAGCAUGUAUUUAUCUUUCUGUUUGCUGUUUAGCAGAGGCCCUCAACGCUGCCGCUGCUGCAUUUGGCAUUUUGAUAGGUCACAGUCGUUGCAUACAUCAGCAGGUGAUCUGUAAUACACCCUGUUCCCUGUAUCCUAUUGGCAUUUACUGGCAAGAGUGGCCCCUCUAAUCUCCCUGCAGACCAGGCCUUUCUUUAACACGGCGUGCUCCGUCAUUUUGACAUCAAAUAUGAAUGGAGCUGCCACUUAAUGUGAGUCUGAAUGUGUUUGGUUAUUGUUUCCCCUUUGGCAGGUCACGGCGCUUUCAUUUAGCCCACAGGAACACGACACAGUCUGGAGUUGUGGCAGCAGGAAUAAGACCGUGAUUUUGCAACAAUUAGUUUUCGUUUCCUUUUAAUGGAACGUCUCUGUUCCUUUCCUUCUUGUCAUGCUGUGAGAAGCCGGUUGUUUCUUCAUGUCAGGCUUUCAUGUGUAGGUAGUGUUAGCGGUAGUCUGCUCUGUAGGUCACAGCGGCUGUCUCCUUGUGAAUUAUUAAAUCAUGAAAUAAGCACAGAGCUGCAGCCUGUUUGAUAUGAACUCAGUAUUUCAGAAGUAACUUUAGUGAAAAGACCGUUAAACCACAUGUGAACAGGGUAGAGGUGUACGUGAUAACUCAUGUUGUGUGGUCUGAAUUGUGGUUGAAACCCUCCUCUCAGCUGAUUCAAAAAUGUAUUUCUUGCCGUAAACAAGAUUCUUUGGAGAUUAGGGGUUUCCCAUUGUAAAACACAGCACUUAAUUCAUAGUAACCCGCUGUGAAUGUGCUCGAGUUAGUUUGUGGCUCAAACAAAGAAGCACACAACUGCUGUCUCAUUUUCCUGAAUUCAAGGUUUUACUUUGAUGUUUAUUUUUGCACCUAUAGUACUUUUUUUUUUUUUAAAAACAGAGGCCUCUGUCUCGUUCGGUUCUUGAUCAUUUAAAGUCUAAGGCUCUCUGCUUUAAUUAUUCGGCUACAGAGAGCAGGAAAGAAAGACAGAGGGGGGCCUUUUUGUUUGACAAGAGCAAAUGUUUGCAUGACAAAAGAUGAUUACACCGCGAGCCAGGGCUACUUGAGAACAGGAGGCCAUUCAAGCACCUUUCCAAGGGCAGAGGCAAAACAAACAGGAGAUGUAAGGCAACCAGAGGGCUCUUCAUGGCCUACUCAGCCAGUCCACCUUGCAUAUUUACUUUGACAUUCACAUUCACAUUCAUAUUCUCAAUGGGAGACUGUCCAUGGAGAAAAACAAGACGGGCAGGCAUUGGACGAGCUGCAGUUCAUUAUAAAAUGCUCACGGGGCCAGCUAUUGUUUACUUAUUUGUCCUUUGUUAAGAAUAAAACAGAGCGGAUUUAUUAUCGUCUUGUAUUAUAGUAUUUGUGAGUCCCUCUCUAUAUACAGAUUUGGUCUGCUCCAAACAGAUCUGAUGCUGCAGGCAGGUCAGUCAGCGGUAUACGGCACCAUUAUGAAUCUCAAUCCAGAAAGGAUCAUCGCGGAAUUAUACUCACAGGAGAGCAAAAUCUCUCCGACUCCUGGUUCAAUAAAUAUGGAAAAAAGAAUACAGGCUCCAUAAGCCCCUGAAGUGACAGAGUACCUGAGCUGUAAACAAAGUCUUAACAGCGCGCACAUUGGGCUUAAGGUAUUUCUCUCUGUUAUCUAACCAGCUCGCCUGCAUCUGCAUCUUUUGUAACAGUUUGCAGAACAAUGUCUUGUAUCUUGAUGUACUACUACAACAAGAUAUUAUCAGACAGGGAGGUUAGAGUUUAGGUUCAUAGUUGACAAGGUGUGUCAACAGUGUCUGUGGCUAACCUGACAUCUCCUCUUGGGUCAUGGGCGGCAGCCUGGAGUUUGACAUUUUUAGCUUUAUCUUGAUGUCUUGGAGCCAGAAAUUACCCGUGUUGUGUAAACAGGGAGAGAGGUGGUGUCUUGGCGAUCACAAGGAGGAAGGCUCUUGUAUUUUCAAUGGGACAAUACAUUACAAGACACCAUCAUAGUAUAAUCAGAGGUAGUGGUUUGGUACCUCUGUGAGUGUCUACAGCCAUGAAAUCAGAAUGAAAUGAGAGGUACCUCCAUCAGGUGGAGUUUCCCCCUGCUGGUCGAUGCAGGUUCUAGGACCAUGCUCCAUUUCUUAAGCAUGGGUGAAAGGUCCAUGUCUACCUUUUUUUAAGUGCCUUUAUUGUAAGAAAAGGAAACUGGGACGAGACAUUAGGAGAUGACAUACUAAAAGUCUGUGGUUCAGAUUUGAACCCAUGCUGCCUGCUUUGAGGGCUUUAGCCUCUAUAUAUAGGGCAUGUAAUUCAACCACUCCAGGUCUACUUCUUUUAUGAUCAUUAUAGAACUUAAACGUACACGUACAGAUUUGCUUGAUGUCUGUGUCCUCAAACUGUCAUCAUGAAUAUGCUGGUAACGGUGUCAAAUAAACACUCUUGAAUGUGAGGUUAAACACUCAACAUAAGACCAAAAUAUCUUAAAAAUUUGUUUAUAAUAACGCAAUUAAACUCUACAUAUGAGUAUUUUUAAAGUUUGUGCUAUUUUGUCCCUUUUGGCACACCGUAGUUGAGCUCCUGCAGAGUCUUCCUGCUUCCUGCCCAGACAAUUUAAACGACAAAUCACGACUUAAAUGCACUUUGAGUCUAAAAUAUUUAAAUAUCAUUCUUGUACUUAUAAUUUUAAUCACAUCUUGCUGCAUUUAUUUGUUUAUUUACAAUCAAGACUUUCUUCAGAAUAGCUUUGGACAAUAAUAACAUCUCAUUUCUGACACCGCUAUGUGAUCUUUUCAAAAAGGUAAAUGUGACACAUAUCCCAGUGUCUCAGCGGUACCAGUGUGUGUAUGUGUUCUCAUACACACUGUAUUCUACUGUACUGUAGCUAAAUGGGAACAUUCAGCCACUUUACUCUCAUUUCUCUGUCAAUGGGCUCAUUCAGUCCACACUGGGUCAAGAUACUGUUUACAGUCUCGAUAUGGUCACAUUUUUUUUUCCAUUGUCUGACACUGUUUCUAAUUUCUACCCCCGAGGGCGGCAUAUGCAGAAAUGGUCCAGCUUUGCUCAAGGCCUGGCGUGUCUGUUUGUAUCUGUUCUAUCAUGAUACAGUAUCAAUGUCCUAUCCUGAGGCACAGUGGGAGACUAACUGCAGAGUCAGGCACUAGAAUAUGUGUUGAUUGUGUGUAGGUGUUAUUGUGGGAAAGCCCUUAUUCAGAAUUAACUGAAUAGGCUCUGAUACCGUAUUCAACCAGGCGUUAUCCUUUUUUGUUUUCACUGAAUGACUAUCAGCCGGUUGUUUGUCUGACCUGAAACAUCUCAACCACUUUUUAAUGCACUGAAAUGACACUUUGUGGGGACGAUUGUGGUCCUUUUAUGAUUCUCUGACUCUUCGUCUCACACCAGAGGACAUUUUCAACCAUUUUGCAAAAGAUCUCAUCAUAUACUAGAUGAACUUUUUGGCACUUUUUGCACACUUGUGGAGCAUAGACUGUAUAUAUUAGGGACAACUUGGUUCUACCUUCCGCCAGUAUACGGAUUUGAAGCCGAAAAGCUCUCGGUAUUUCCGGGAUUUUUCUCCAUUUCCUGAAACCAACAUUGCACAGUAGCAUUGUGCGCAUUCAGCGAGAGAGCUAAGAGUCACUGUGAUGACGCUCGGCUCAAACAGUGUAUCCCUCGUGUGAGCUACGCAAUCCUUGUACGCCCAUAGGCUGUAUCAGGUGUCAAUCAUAGAAAACAUGAACCCCCUAAUAACUUUUAAAAAUGGAGCUGUACAGAAAAAAGAGGACUUGAGCACAAACCAGUCUUACAAUAACUAUUUGUCAACAUCGCAACCAAGGGGGAGAAAAUAGUCUAUUCUGUGUAAUAAAUUUCCUAAGUUUGUCCACAGCUCCAUAGGGAUUGCUGGGGGAGGCGGGAUUUAUGACCUAUACUGCAGCCCGUCACCAGAGGGUGCUGUUCUCGGAGUGGCUUCACCCAGCGAGGGGCAGAUGGCGUCCAUUCUAUAUACAGUCUAUGUUGUGGACACAUAUAGACAUGCUAACAUGCAUUUCUGUUUCAUGUAAGUAUCUUUGUAUGUUAAGUUUAGUCUCAAACAGCUGUUGGCAGUUUCCCCUAAAAACCCAUGUAGUAAUCUGGUGCUGCAGUAAAGCUGUUUUAGCAGAACAGGCUGUUCAAACUGAAGGCUCCUUCUUCAACUUCUCAAAUCACAGGUAGACUAAGUGACCUUUCAGACGGUUUUCUUUGCAGAGUAUUCAGUCCAAAAUUGGCUGCAUAUGAAGGAAACAAGUCAGCAUGUCGUGUCCUGGUGCUGGGCGAACUGGGUGUAACUCUGACUGUGACUCCACCAGAAUGUAAUCCAGCUGAAGGGAAGGGGGAAUAUUUCUGUGCGAGCUGGGAUCAUAUUCGUUGAAUGAGUUCGAUGACAAAUGGCUCUGCUUUCAAACUUGUGUUUUAAUAUGCAGACUCACAGCGACAGCUUCUUUUUCCCAGAUAAAUAUAAAUGUCAGAGUUAUUUUCCAGCAUCUUUACAACCUCUCACUUGUUUGGAAAGUGAAAUACUGAAAUGACACAUUUUUAGGCUGGAGUGAUUGUUCAGCGAGGGCCCUAACAUUUCAGAUUUUCAUCAGCGGUGUGUUUUUCUUGUCAUGUUUAUCCGAAGCUGAAGCACUUCUUACAUUACAGAUACAGAAUUAGCACCGCAGGAGCGUGUAGCGGCAGCAGAUUGGUGGCUGUACGACAAACUUGUUUGCUUUAAGCUGGAUUUCGGGUGACCUACUUGCCUUAAACAGAGUUGCUGACUUGAUCACAGAGGAACACUUUUAAAAGUUGAGCUCGAAGAAAUUAGGAAAUUAGCGGCGCUACACUUCCAGCCAGAUUAAGUCAGGGUGUCACGGCUGCUGAUACCGUGACGGGUUCCUUGGACCCUCUUUGAGCCUUUUUAUCCUUUAGUGGUGUUUUUUCUUUGAAUACCAGCUUGUGAAGAAGAAAAAGACAAAGCGUGAAAACCAAACUAUGUGCCAUACAACACUCAUGCUACACUUUGAUGUCUGAUUCGGCUACACGCUGUUUUCACUGUGAAAUUUGAAUGUGCAAAUAUGAGUCAUUGCCCACAAACGCAUUAGCACAGGCAAAUUUGUUAUAGCCUACUUUGUCCACUCGAGUAUUGUUCACCCAAAGACGGACAGAACAGUCUUUGUUUCUUGAAAAGCUGGGAUUAGUUUUGCGUCUGGCUGUUUUUUUUUUAUUUCUAGUUCGGCUGUUUCUUCUUUAGGUGUGCUUUCUUGCUCCUCAAAGCCAGGUAUGCUUUGCUUUUAUCUUGUAGUUUUAGUCCGAUGUCUCUCAGAGAGGUGUAAUGCUCCUUUAAGAUAUGAAACUGGUGAUUCGAUGACUUUUGAUGACUGGAAACCUGAAUGCUUUAUUGAGAAAUUUCUAAGGCCAGUUUGUUUUUCACUCCUGAUUCAGAAAGGUCCUGAAAUGCUGCUCUUACUGAGUCAUGCUCGUGACAGCAGCUCUCUAGAUAUGUGGACAUGAGCUCUGAGUUUACUCUCCUGUAACUUUACAUCUCUCCAGAAGCUUUUAUAGUGAACUCUGUUGUCUUUUUGUAAUCAGACAUUUCUUGACUUGUAGUGAGAUGUAAGACCAGUAGAAAAACUAUGUUGGCAGAUGUCGGCGCAGGUUCGCUGAUAAAUGUCUCCGGUAUCUUCCCCAAUAUGUUAAUAAGAGGCCAAAGCAUUUCAUUGUGUCCUGCGUGAAAGCUGAAGAUGUGUGUCAGCGCAGAUUUCCUGUAUGGUCUCUGGUUUUCCAGUCAAGAGCCUUCAUUCAAUAAUCUGGACACUCCCUGCUUGAUUUCAUUUUGUGGGAAUUUCUUGAAACCUGAGAAUGGGUGAGCAGCACAGGAUGAGGUUCAGAAAAUGUUUUUCUUGGUGAUGCAGUACAAAUGAAAACAGCUUUUUCCUCCUCGCCCUCCGCUUUGCACAAGCAGAGCCGACAGGCCGUAAGUAUUUUGGCUCCCUCCCAAGGACCAGUAUGCAUUCCACUUAAGAUGGCGCUCUGAUUUAUCUGCACACACUUGUCCGUCAGGCUCGGAGAAAUCAACACUGGUGGUAGAUUUGAGAUAGAACAGCACCGCUGAAAUCCAUCUCAGGGACAUUAUGUGUCACAUGGAGGCCCGGGGUUGAAAAUGAUGAGCGAUCUUCUGCACCGAGGGGAAUCAGGCGACAACCUACUGUAACAACACAAGUCUGUUGAUUCGUGACUCCACAGUACAGUGAACAAACAGACCCCCCCAGGGCCUGUUUCCUCUCACUAACACAGUUUUCUGAGAAGAAGGAAGCUUCAAGCUUUCAAUUUUCUUUUGAGAUUUUCUCACCACAGAAGAAGAAGUACAAACUUUUUUAGCAGUACUUUUGGUCCUGACGUUACCUCAUUAAAAAUGAAACUGAAAACCCCCACGAGUGGAAGCUGAGAGUCCCUCAUUUUAUGGGGCUUAUUUUAUGAUGUUUACCAUUCUAGUAUGGGAACUCUAAAUACAUAAUUGAACAUGAUGUGAAUAGACAGUUUCCCACAAAUAGAAGCAGGUUUUGUAGAUGGUAGAGGCAAAAAGAAUAAGCUGUAAAGUAAAUGGAGAAGCCAUCCGCUUCAGACUGUUGACAACUGAGCUCUUUACUUACCUGCAUAAACAGAUAUGUGCACAAAAGUUCAGGUGACACCCCAGCAGGAAAUACUCUUCUUCAAUUCCAUUCUCUUGUCUAAAGUUGCUGGUUGGAUUGUAAACUAUGAGCAGGUCAUAGAAAGACUUGAGUCAAACAGCUUUAGUGGCUUUUCUGAAUAACCACAGGCUACUACACAGGAAGUCCAGAAAAAUGUCAGUCAGCAGAGACUAAACUAUAGCCGAUGGGUUUUGAGACUUGGAUUUCAAAAGCAAGUUUCUCCAGAGGAUGAAUUCCAACAACUGUGGCAAUUUGUUUAGUGCAUAAAGACUUUCUCUUACCCUUUUAAGUGUCUUUAAAUUCACCUAGACAAAAUUCAUGGUUUCCAGAGGAUACACCUUAAUAAGUUUUCAUCCAAACUACAAACUGUGCAAAAUAUUCUGUGACUUCACCCUUAAAGGGAUAUUUCGGCGUAAAAUUUAAAUUAUGAUAAUGAAUGUUCUUCCUUGAGCUGCGUCACCCCGCUGUAGUCUGUAAUGGUCUGGCCCGAGGUCUCGCUACAAACAAGCGACUGCUGGAAGAGAGUAGGUAAGUUGUGUUUAGUCUUUUUGCUAAAGAAAUCAGGCAAAGUUAAAAAGAUGUUUGGUGGCUAGUACUAUGGCUGGGACCAUAUAUGUCCUGUUGAUGAAGUUAGGUGCUGUUCUGAUGUUAUUUGUGGCCAUGGAGUGGCGUUUUGGUUGAGCGCGUGGCUCCUGGGACCACUGUGUAUUGCUGUCAUGCGGUCGUUACUAAAGGUGGUAUAACAAGAGAAGAAAGCGGUCAGCAACAUUCAUCUCUUGAGGGAGUGUCUAACUCGGUGUUAUGGUGUGUUUGAAUAUUUCUUUAAGUUUCUGAAGGUCUUGAAUCUCAAUAGACACAAUAAAACUCUUAGCCUUUCAAAAAAAUAGGAGAUUAGCGAAUCAGAGUCACGGCUAACUCGAGUGACAGGUGGGCACACUGCAGUGAUUUGCGAGGAGGCAAAAGGCCCACCUCUGGUAGGUUGAAUGAAGUUUAGGUUGAGUCUUUAAUACCAAUGUGAUGCUGCUGCUGAAAGUCUUUAAAAUCUCUAAAUGACACCCUAAAGUUAAGUCCAGGCUAUGAUUUCCAUUAAGUGUCCUCAUGUUCAUACUGUCUCUGUUAGCUUCUAAACAUACUGGCGUUAGUAUUUAUUCCAGAGCAACACCAUGUUGAAAUAUGAACCUGAUAGCUUGCCUUUAGGCUCUAAGUUUUGUUUUUAACCAUAUUUCUGAUACAGCGAGAGCCAUUUCCCUCUCCAGGAUUGUUUGUUUGAUCCGUCAGCUUUUGCUGUGCCACGCAAACUUCUCGUGUUCAGGAGGAGGCGAGUAAGAGGUCUGAACUUUGGUGGCUCUGCUGGGAGACGCAGGCUGUCUGCAGGCUGUCAGGCAAGUCUGCAUCUUUGACUCGAAAGAUGAAACCUGACAUAAAUUCAGUCACAGGAGACAGGACCGAAAGCAAGUGGAAAAAAACAACACAAAAUCACCUUACAGCUGCGGGAUAUUUGCAGUUCAUGUUGCCUUUGCUCUGUUUGGUGGCUCAUCAUUCCCAGAAUUUCCGAGGGGGUCAGUUCCCUGCUCUGGAGGCAGCUGCAGGAGCCUCGAGACACAUACUAAACAUUCCCUUUUCGCUGUGUCACCAGCAGCAGACAUCACAGGAGACGGGCCUGCAGCCAUGAGUCACUCACAGGGCCAGAGAGCAACAGUUAUCAGUGUCGGAUAUCCACUUUGUUAUUGUCAGUGAAGUCAAGUGCUGCAUCUCAAGAGAACUUUGGGUGUGACCAAAGGAAAGUAUUUAGUCCUUGUCAUGGGUGUUAGGCUGUUUAAUAUCAUGCAUUACAGACUGAAACGUCUUUAUUUAAGUCUUUCUGGAAAAGAAUUGCCCUUCCUGAAUUUCCCCUGCAAACACAGUGCCAUCUAGAGGCAGUAAGCGCACUCUGCAUCCGUUUAUUUGCUAAAAAAAUCAGCUUUCCAGAGUGACCCAAGGACAGGGAGUAUAGUUACUAUUGAUUGACGGAGACUAAUAGCCACAGUGUGUAUUCAAAGCCCAACAGGAUUCAUUUUGUCUCAGCAAACACAGAACGAGUAAUCAUCCUUUCAUCCUGGGAAAUGCUUCUUCAACAGAUGGCAGGAGUUAUUUCAGGGUAACCCGGCCCACUGCAGAACAGACCUCUCUCAGUUCAGUGGACUGUCUGUAAGUGGGAAGGAUGGUUCAUUAUCUCUCUGCACUUUCUACACUUGAGUUAGACUGAAAGAUUUAAGUACAUGAAGACGAGAGUGACGGGACUUUUAGUAAGCUUUGUAUGUCAUCAGAAGUCACCUGAUGCAAAUGUUUUAUCAUUUGUAGUCUUGCUAAUAGAACGGCGACUUUGUGGAGUUAUUCACCAAACUUUAGAUGUGCCUCUGGACUUUCAAAUCAUUUUUAACUUCUUUGAAUUGUUUUGUUUUUUUGACACAAACUAGAUGGUAAAAAAGUAACUUCUGUGUCUGUGUUUUUCAGGGUGGAUAAGACGUUCUCCAAAGCCAGGAGUGUGUGGUGAGUUCUCCUUCUGCUUUAACAUCUUUUGGAUAUAAAUCUGGUAAAUUACAGCAGCAUGCCCACACAUAAAACUGUGAUGUUACCUCUAAAAAGUUUGAAUUUUAACAGACUGUUGUGUGAGAUUUAGUGGCAUCUAGUGGUGAGGUUGUAGAUUGCAGCCAACUCUUACAACGUCCCCAUUCUUUACCAUUUAAAAGCAUUAAAGCCUGGCUGUUCACUAAUAGACCAGAUUUGGAAACCAACACAUCAAGUCGGACUGGAUGAAUUGAACACCAUUCGAAACCAUUUUUUCUGCUUUUUCUAAACACAAACUUCAAAUAAAUGUACAUGCAUGUACCACAUAGACAUAUUUACACACUUUUUGGAAGAGUAUGAGCAGCGUUAAGAUGACAAAACCACUGCACAGACCGACUUCAUCCACAAUGGUCAGCAUUUAUUCCCACAUUACCUCAGGGCUUGAGAUAGCCGCUUCCUCCUUGUCAAGAUCCAUGACACAGAAACGCUGCUGUGGCUCUCUGUCAGGAUCAGGAUCUGCAGGGUUGUUAGUUUCAUUCAUGAGCUGCAGACUGACUCUGUGCUUUUCCUACUCUCCUGUGGUCCUUUGGGAAAGUUGGUGCAGAGGCAGUCGUGUGUUUUACAAUGCGGUGCUCUUAAAAGUUAUGCAUUUUUAUUACUGAAAUGAGCUGGUUGCAAAUGAGGCAAGUCAGUUUUGCAUUUGGAGUUGAUGGUAUCGGCAUCGGCACUGAUUUUCUCAAAUUUUUCGAAAAAAUCUUUACCUAUUUACUGUUAAAUUUCUGUGGAGAGAUCCCAAUAAAUGUGACUUUCAAUGAACAAAAUUAUUGAAAAGAAGAGUUUCUGUGUGGAGCAUUUAGAGUCACAGACUCAGCCUGUCCUUGACAGUCUGGAAAACAUGCGAAUCUGUCCACUGAGGUGAGUCUAAGGAUGAUAAAUGAGCCUCAGUGAGCUAAAGCAGAUGGGCAGCAGCAGAGAAAAAAAGAUCCCCAGUCUUGUGCUGCCAUCUCUGCAGUGCUGGCAGAGUUGGACUUGCUGCUGUGUUUGGCACGUGCAGGCAGGCAGGGAGCUGAGCAUGCACACCUCAUGCCACUGCAGAUAGACGGCUCCAUUCCUGCAGGCUUCAGGUGAGGUGGCACGAGGGUCUGGCCCUCUACCCUCUCUGUGUGUGACUGCAGCAGAAUGAGCAGAGCCUCGCCGCAGUAUCAUCACUCCGUCCCCUCUGGAAUAGAGACACAGGAGCAGCUCUCCUAACAGCCGGGCCUGCAUUACUCAGCAGUAAGUGGGCUUGUUUGCAGGGACUGCAGCCGACCUACAGGAGACCGGAGCAGCAGACUAUGACUAAAUAACUGGAGCUCACGAGGAAAGAAGAGGAGAGACACUGGAGCAGAGGAAAGAUAAGAGGGUGAGCUAAAAGAGGAUACAAAAACAGGGCAGAGAGAGGACUUGAUGUGACAGAAAAAGACAGAAGAGAAGAGCAAAGUGUGACGUCUGCAAAACAACUACUUUUCUUGUCGUGCUUGGCCUUGUUCUUUUGUCAGAGGCUAUUUCUUCUACAAGCAAAGGAGGAAUUCAAGAAACACUUGUAAAUGGAUUCGGAGGCGCCUUACCGCUGUGUUAAUAGGAACUAAAUUAGCUAAGAAAACACCCAGGAAGACAGACCCUCUUCAAAAACAAAACCUGUGGCACCAGGAUGAAUCAUCAGGGAGAGUGUCAUCAGAGAUCUCAGCAGCUUUGAAAAAGGAGUCUUCACUCUUUUAGGCCUAAGGACGAAGGAUUAAGAGAGUAAAGAAACACCAUCAAAGAAAGCCCCAACCAAACUGGAGAGCCAAAGUUGAAAUCCACCUCCAGGACUGUAUGCUGGACGGGAUGUGACUGGAAAUCAGAGCAGAGCAGCUAAAAAAUCUCCACAGAAGAAGAAGUAUUACAGCACCCCUCACUCAGCAACAUGCCGUGCUCACCUUUCCGGAUUGGAAGGCCGAGGAAAUGCUGGUGAGUUUCUUUUUCACCUGCCUGGAGACAGUUUUGAUGAGGACUUUAUCAUGAAAUAUAUCAAAGUCAUGUGACUGAUCGGGGCAGCAGCAGGAACCCCCUCCUUUCUAGGAUGAAGACUGAUGGUUCUGCUGAGGCCGGGCGGAGAUGAGGAGGCGGUUUCCUCAUGUUGACAUGUCAUGAUAUGUCAACAUGAGGAAACUAGAGCCAUAUUUAAAAAGAGAGGUGAUAAGCUGAAACUGAAUGUGGUAUAGGAUGAAGAGUGAAACAGCUGAUAAACAAAUGGCAGCCCUAGACAGUGAUAGUGAGGGAAGAGUGAGUGAGUGAGCUUUCCAGAGAGGGAUAGGUUUCCACUGUGAAUGCAAAUACCAACUCCCUGCUGGAGCUUCAUUAAAAUAUCUGCUUUGGUUAUAAGGGGCAUGACAACAAUCUUGCGGCUCCACCAGCUGAAUCACAUUUGCUCUAAAAUAUGUAAUCAGCGCAGUGUGUCACGACUGGAGGAGCUAUUUUGGCCUCUAUUCUACGACAGGAGGAGAUGGGGGCGCAUCGUCCACAUUUAUCUACAGCCUGUGCUUUAAUCUUGCUCCUUUGGUUCAUGUGUUAAAAGUGUUUUCAGACAAAAUCCUGCUGUCUUUUAGUAUUAGUCAUCGAAUCCUAGCUGUGUAAAAUGUAAACAAAGGCUGUUUCUGUUUGACACAUGCAGCAGUAAGCAUAAGUAGUCUUGCCACGACUAACAUUAAUGUUUAUAUCAACACUUUCAGCUGUUCAAGAGAGGAUAAAGGUGCAAAUAUGAAUAACCUUUUCACUGAAAUUUCCAUGAUUCAUUGUUUUGAUUCUCUUUUUUUAUUGCUGAUUGUUGAAAACGCUUUGGGACUUUUAUUUUGAAGGUCAGUGACAGAUACUUCACUGCUGCUACCGAAUAGAAAUAGACGAGCAGAAAACAGAGAACAACAGUCCAGGCUCAAAUUAGUGUCCAGCUAGUCUGUAAAGAAACUCUUACUGCAAGUUAAACAGUUGGACAGUAGAAACAGGUGUAUUUUUACGGCUUAAAAAAGAGUCCACUGAACCAGCAGGGGACGCUGCACUUAGAUUAUUAGGCAGACUCUUCUGACUUCUCAGUCCUGCUUCCCAAAAAGUUUUUGUCUUUUUUUUUUUUGUCUGAGCAACUAAAAGACUCAUGAAACACUUCAAAUAACAUGAUAAGAACAUUAUAAAAGUCUAGACUGUUCGCAUUUUUAGCCUCUCGUCUGUCUUGAUGUUUAACUUUGGUAUCUGUUUUUAAACAUUAUUGAAUUAUUGCACUUUAAAGGGAUAUUCCGGCAUUAAAUUAAGUUAGGAUCAAACACACCGUAACACCCCGUCAAGAGAUGAAUGUUGCCGACCGCUUCUCUUGAUAUACCAACUUUAGUAGCGACCGCACGAUAGCAAUACACAGCAAUCUCAGGAGUCACGUGCUCAACCAAAAAAGCUUCUCUAUAGCCACAAAUAAUGCUCAGAACAGAGCCUAACUUCAUCAACAGUAGGGUCCCAGCCAUAGUAUUCGCCACCAAACAUCUUUUUAGCUCUGCCUGAUUUCUCUAGCCAAGUGACUAAAUUCAACUCACCCUCUUUUUCUGGCAGCCGCUUGUUUGUACAGAGACCUCAGGUGAAUCCAUCAGCGACUGCAGCGUGGUGACGCAGCUCAAGGAAGAACAUUUAUGAUCAUUUCUUCAUGGAAAUUCAACCAGACCAAGAUGCUAAGGCAGAAGAACUACUGCGUCUGCAGAGGAAAAUGAUUAAUAUGAUGAUUAUUACUUCAAGGAAAUGAUGGAGUAAUGAUCAUAAAUGUUCCUCCUUGAGCUGCGUCACCCCGCUGCAGUCGAUGGACUGGCCCUUGAUCUCCCUACAAACAAGCGGCUGCUGGAAGAGAGACUGUGAGUUGUGUUAUGCAAGCGGUCGGCAACAUUCAUCUCUCGACGGGGUGUCUAACUUAGUGUUUGACCCUAACUUAAUUUUUCGCUGGAAUAUCCCUUUAAAUAUCUUUCAAGAUAACAUGGAGAUAGGUUCUCAAGUCUGAGUGAGAGGGCCGCCUAAUAGGAUCCUUUUACUCUCUCUUAUAGUCCAUUUAAUGACCAUUUUUCCUCAUUGUGGGUCAUACACAACAAACAGAUGAUGCUUGAGCCCUGUGUCCGCGCUCUCUUAGGGGAGGCCCGUAAUUGGUUGUAAUCCUGUCAUGUUAAGCCCCCCUGAUGGAAGGAAGUGGGAGAGGAGAGUUAGUGCGGAUAAUGGCCACACUGGUGUGUUAUGUUGUGUAAGAGCCUGUAUACGUACAUACAUCCAGACGCCUCAGCCCCUGGAGCAUGAUGGAUUACUCUGGCAGCCUGUCCGUUGCAUUACUUCCUGUCCAUCCUUUAAUCCUGCCUGUCUCCUCUCUGCUUCGUGUCACUUGACCUUUAUAGGGGACAGCUGUGCACUUUCAAACCUCCCAGUGGUUCAAGUUUUGCUGACCACCUGCGUAAAGCAUUCGAUCAGUCCUUUCAGUCGACCACAUCACAGCAUGUCUCUCUCAUGUCUCAAAACGUCCUCUCUGCCAGUAAUGUUUGGCUCAGUAUGCCGACUCUUUUAUGUGUGAACAUUUCUGUUCAGGGAAAUAUGUCUGAAGUCUACACAGUCCUGAGGUGUUUGACAGAGCUUACCUCCCCUGUAUGGCUCUGUGGUGCUGACAGGGAGGCUGAAAGAGCUAAUGUCAGCUAAAAAGCCAAUCGCUUACACUGCUAAUAAGGCCCAUAGCUAGUUUCUCUGAUGAAAGCAUUUAAAGGGAUAUUCCAGUAUAAAAUUAGGUUAGGGUCAAACACACCGUAACACUGAAUUAGACACCCUGUCAAGAGAUGAAUGUUGCCUACCGCUUGCUUCUCUAGUUUUACCAACUUUAGAAACAACCACACAAUAGCAAAACAAAGCGGUCUCAGGAGCCACGCGCUCAACCAAAACGCCACUCUAUAGCCACAAAUAAUGCUCAGAACAGCACCUAACUUCAUCAACAGUACAUAUAGGGUCCCAGCUACCAAACAUCUUUUUAGCUUUGCCUGAUUUCUUUAGCAAAGAGACUAAACAUAACUCACCUACUCUCUUCCAGCAGCUGCUUGUUUGUAGCAAGACCUCUGGCCAGUCCAUUACAGACUACAGCGGGGUGACGCAGCUCAAGGAAGAACAUUAAUGAUCAUUUCUCCAUGAGUAUGAAAUCAGACACUUAGGCGAAAGAACUAUCGCGCAUUCUUACUUCAAGAAAAUAAUAAAGUAAUGAUCAUAAGGUCUCCGUAAAAACAAGCGGCUGCUGGAAGAGAGUAGGUAAGUUGUGUUAAUUCCUUGCUAAAGAAAUUAGGCAAAGUUAAAAAGAUGUUUGGUGGCUAGUACUGUGGCUGGGACCCUAUAUGUACUGUUGAUGAAGUUAGGUGCUGUUCUGAGCAUUAUUUAUGGCUAUAGAGUGGCUUUUUGAUUGAGCGCAUGGCUCCUGAGACCACUGUGUAUUGCUAUUGUGAGGUUGUUUCUAAAGUUGGUAUAACUAGAGAAGCAAGCGGUCGGCAACAUUCAUCUCUUGACUGGGUGUCUAACUUGGUGUUUCAAUGUGUUUGACCCUAACUUAAUUUUACGCCAGAAUAUCCCUUUAACAGGAGAAAACACCACAGGACUUAUUCAUGAUGGCAUAUAUUGUACUAUAAUUUCCUGUUUUUUUACCUGAGAUCCCUGCAGUUUUAGAUGUUUUCCUUUUUUAAGACGACAGACAAUGAGUGAAUCAAUUUGUCCUGCAUGUAAACUCGUUUUUAGAGAAAUCAAAUAUUGUUUAGCUCAGUGGGUAAUAGUGCUCCAAAAAUAGAUAUUUGACGUCUGCCGAGUGACCCUGCUAUCUAAUCCAGUUUUUGUCAAAUGAUUCAUCAUUCUAUUUUUAUGACGCUCUCUAAAUUCUGGGCCCAUUUAAUCCUGUGUGUGUGUGUGUCCUGGUCCUGCCUGUAAACACUUAAGAGGUGUCGCUGUAAACACUCCUCUGUUUGUGCCCACUGAUUUCCCAGGAGGUGUCACUCUGCAUCCUCCUCUGCACAUGCGCUCACCGCUGCACUUUGAAGCCGGGGUCGGAUGUCAGUUUUGCUUGUGCACGCCUCUCUAUGUAUGUCAGGCUGAGCGGACAUAGUGGGAGAGCAGACUGUCAAGCCCGAUCAGACUGCGCCGUCUCUCUCCGUGAGUCUCCUGCUGUCUGACCGAAUAUAGCAGCAAAGUGACAAGCUCGCCCCUGGUUCUAACCGACUUAAUAAUCCAAAUCCUAAACAUGUCAGCCGCCAUCCAGCACCAGUAGGACAAGACGUUUAAAGGAGAACAUAAAGCCCAGAUGACAUCAGACCGGUUAAGGUUGAGAUGAGCGCUGGGCGGCUCUGACGAGACAUUUCCUUUCAUCUGAUUCUUGCAGCUUUUUUUUUAGAGACAAACAUGUUCAGUCAGCUUUUUUUACCGUUUGACUUCAGACUGUCUUCAGCAGCUGCAGCUUCAUUUGCAGACAGAGCUUUAAGUAUUUAUGAGGCAGACACUUUUUUUUCCCUUGAGCAUUUGAAUAGGUAUACUCCUGAGUAGACAUUUGAGGAUUUUUAUAUUCCACUGACUGUGUUACUUAAACUGUCUGGGUGACGUCCAUUAUUUAUGCAGCAUGAGUAAUGGAAGGAGCCCAUGAGACAUCCCGGACUUGGACGUUUUGGCAGUCAUCGAUUCUGGGGAGCCAGAAGUGACCAUACUCAGGGCGGGUGGUGUUAGAGAAGGCCGAGGGAUUGGCAAAUGCCCUGUUGUCAUAGCUGUAAAGUGUGGUGAAUUAACUAACCAGUUUAUUUGUGGGAAAAGUUGAUAUGGAAACACUGGUGGUGGACCGCUCCUCUCUCUUCGCUGCGGGACCGAAAGAUUCAGAAGAUCUUUUGUACCCACAGCCAUCAGACUUUACAAUUCUUCUAUAAAUAGUAGAUGUCUUUUUGAGACAUGACAGAUGAGACGACAGACAAUUGAAGUUGUCUCUGGGGAUAGAUAAGAUUAUUCUUUUUCUUAUAAGAAAGGUAAACACUGUGGAUUUAUGCCAACACUUGAUAAGAUAACACCUGAAUUUUACUCACAAAAAUGGAGCUCAGACUUCUUAAACAGCCUGAUAUCACAAAAGAACUGCACAACAAACCAUAUUAUUUAUCAGUUUUUUGCGUGAAAGUAAUUUGAAAGUGUUUCAAAACAACAAAUAUGCACCCUAAAAACUCUUGGGUUAUUUCUUCAACCCAAUUCCUUGGUUUUAUGUGUUGAGUUCAAUUUCUGGGUUAUUUUUCAGAUCCAUCCCCCUUUCUUGGGUCAUAUGGAUUCUAUUGUAACCCAAUUUGAGGGUUAAUAAUUUUAGCAAAGCUCCCAAAAAAAGCUCCCUAAAUGCAUAUAUCAAUUUAACCCAAGAUCAUGAGUCAAAUUAACUUGAAGAUUGGGUUAACUUGACCCGUAAAAAGAGUUAUUGAUUCAACCCAAAAUUUGGGUUAAUUUGAAUAAACCAACAUUCUGCGUCAAAAUAACCCAAUAAGUAGUCAGUCCCUUUUCAACCCAAGGGUUUUUAGAGUGUGACUAAGUGGUUAAGUUUAGUAACUGUAUAACCUGAAGUAACAGUUGCUGUCAACAGGUUGUGCAGUUUUUGUCACAAAAACCUGAUCUAUACUUUUGUUUUGAGUCUUCCCCAUAGGUUUGCAUAUACCUGAGCUAACACAGUGCAUAUCCUGCUGUGCAACUCCACUGUUGGUCCACUGCCCACAUUAUAUUUUCUGCAAUCACAACCUUUCUGGUAUCACCAUGUUAGUAAUUAUAAUUAACAUGUUCUCCAACGCCUUUUCUCUUUUUCAUCUGGCAAUCAUUGCUGUACUAUUAACUGAGCAAUAGACGGCUAUUAGAUGUCUAGGUUUUUUUUUUAGAUCUAAUUUCAACCGUCUAGAUUCUGUAUAUUUUUAGACAGAAUGUAGACGUUGCACUUUAACCCAUUAUUUGGUAACUAUUUAUUUAAAAAGGAACUGUUAUUUGCAUAACUGAUCUCCAAGUACUUAACCAAAGUAAUUAUGAUAGUCGUUGAGCAAUAUACAGUGUAGUAUAAUAUAUCUGGCUAGUCUAAACUUGGUCUAAUUUAGACCUGUGGUAGCCUGAUUUUAGACCAGUCGUUGAGGCUACAUUUAGACGUCUAUUAGACCUCGAUGCUCGAUGGGUAUUGACUCCUGCUCAGCAUUUAUCAGCUCCAACUCUACGCUUACAGCCUUGGAUUCUAUAGUCAUAGUUUCUUUUACACAAACAAGCAGAAAAGGUUGCUAUACUGGAAAUUAGCACAAUGAUCAGCACCGAAAACUAAACUUCCACCUAUAGGGUUUAGAUGUAGUGUUGCAGUGCACAUUCAGAUACUCAAGUAUGUAUUACUUAAGGCAGCAAACUGAAAAAUCAUGUGACAUCUUCGACCCUUUUUUGAGUGGCGGGUAGGCUGUACGCUUCAUAGAUCAGACUGUAUGAAGUGAAAUGUCACUGAUUACACAAUUUACUGUCAAACAACACACAAAAGAGCUCCGAUCCCACAGUGCUCCUCUGCUGUUGAAAAGGCACAUCUGCAUGACUGUGAUUUCCCCCGAGGGCGUGUUGCUAUGGACAGUCGCAUUGUGAGAGAUAAGCUAGCAGAAAAUCUGUAUCUAUUGGUGGAUGGAGCGUGCUUUAUUCAAAAACACCUGCUGUACCUGGAUUUCUAAUGCAUACUCAAUAUGGCCAGCUGUCGGGGGACACGGGGGCUCUGGAGGGUCCAUCAAGGAGUCUCCUCACACGUCGGAUCAUAUAGAUUUUUCAUUAUUUAUAUCCCCCGUGCUUCUUUAUAUUGUGCGGCUUUUGUUAUUUUCCAUUCUUGUCAUGAAUACAGCGGUAUAUCAGGGAAAACCUGCUAUUACCUUCAAGUGAAAACAGAUGGUUUGCUCCAUUAUCUGGGUAAGAAGUGCUAAACAAUAUUGUGGUGUAAGAGCACUUUUAGUGGUACGGUUCCCAUGGGAACUAAAAGCUACUUAGACUUAUCUGCUUUUUGAUUUUUUUCCCUCAAUAUUUGCUUUGGUCUGGAUGUGGCAGAGGGAAACUACUGCAAGGACAGACCUUCAGGUUUAUCUCCACAGAAAAAGUAACCCUGAGUUGAGCGGAGUCACGUAACAGAUUACAGAACCGUGUAUUCACAAAGUUGAACUUCCACAAGAAUUAAACUCCUGAGUGGAAAUUAGAUCUUGUGGUCUGGGAAAGAUUGGCUUUGAGGCCCCAAGUGCAGACGCACAUGCACACUCUAAUACAACCGCAGCGGUACAAGCACUGCAGAGAAAAUGGCUUUACACCAGAGACAAUCAUCCUCUCAUUUGUUUGAGUGCUGCAGGUCAGUCUGAAGGGGGUUGGGGAGGAUGGUUCUGAUAACAGGGCAAUUCCAUCCUCUAUCUGUGCGAUAAUUCAUUCCUCAUGUGCUGUUCUCUAUCUCCGUCUGUGGGAGGACUUGUGGCGGGCCGGGGAGCAGGUGUCGCUUCAUCUCGAUGAAUUUGAAAGAAUUCAAGAGGGAGGUUUUGUUCCUGAUAUCACGGCUCUUCAGUGUCACCGUACUAAUAUUUGAUGACACAGAGGAGACAGGAUCACUGAGCAUUACAGCUGGUUUUGUUGACGUCUGACCUCUGGGGUUUACUUUCACACAGCUUGAAUAAGAUGUGUUUGGGGACUGGAGACAGUGAUUACCAAUUAAUUGAGGUUAAACUCCUGUUUGCUGGUUGGAUAGAGUUGACAUAUUAAGGCCACAGAAUAUAGUUUAUUUAGUGAAACAGGGUGCACCAAGUCCACCUUUAUGUCCACCACUCCCAUAACCUUGAAAGUCUUUCAAGGAAACUUCCGACUGGCUCUUAAAGUCCCACUCCAAUUAUUUUUUUACUACUUAUAGUGUUGUCAGUGGUCUUUAAAUUGUGAUUAUGAAGUUUUUUCCAAAAAUGGUGUUACCUGUGUCAUUUUCAAGGCCUUUUCUUCUGCAGAGCUCCAGUAGCUCAUUAGCCUCUGAGUCGUGGGCGGAGACCACACUUGUCUACACGUUAGCCUAACAUUGCCGGUGUAGUAGAAGUGGCAGGUAACAUAGGAGCUAUUCAGCUCUCGGACACUAAUGUCUUUAGGGACAAGAUGAAAGCUAAUAUCAUAAUUAGCUUUCUUAUGAGCAUUGUAAAACGCACACGCUUGUUCCACGUUCGUCCUCUGUAUUCCUCCUCUAUAUGCAGAGUGUGGCCUGCAUAGCGUGGCUCUGGGGGCGGAGCUUGGAUUGGUUACAUAUGAAAUCUCACUGUUUCUUAACCUGCCGUUUGGGUCUGCCAGAGAUUCACAGAGAUUUGAAUGAAGAAAUACUCAGAAAAGCAAUUUCGCAUUUAGUUUUCUCAUGAUAUGUCCUGUAGCAUCAGAGAAAUGCCACAUGAACGUAUGAAAAACAAGAAAAAUAUGAUUAAUUUUUAACUUUAAUUUUAGGAUCCGUGUCCACAAACAGCACCCACAGAGGCAAAACAGUUUGUUUCCAAAACUGACUGACUUAUGAUAAUAACUUUGUCUUUAAGAACGGCAGGACUAAAACUGUAUCAGUAGUUUUCAACAUUUUCCUUUUGAUUGAAUGAAAGUAAACAGAGUAAUUUUACAGCAACAGAGGAAAGCAGAAGUUUAUCAUUGAGAGAAGGAGGUCAUAGUUUUUAUCAGCGUGAGGCUGCUUUUUUACUUUAUGGACCCCUCCCAAUGAGGCUUAAUUACCCAACUCAAAACAAGAUAUUAGAAAGAAAAUGCUGCAUAAUUAUCAAAGCAGUCACAAUCACAGUCACAGUGGGGCUGAGAUUUACUGCAGAGAAAUCAUAGUGGGGAUGUGGUGUCUCUUUAAAGUAGGGAGCAGUUGCAGCCCCUGCUUUGCCUUGCAAACAGACUGAGGGCUUGAUUAACACAGUGGAUUUGUUUAUGAGUGUCUGUGGGCGGGUUUUAACAAAUCGAAACGCAGCAGGAAAACCCGCAGACCUCCUGCAUGCAUCUUUUGUUUGAUGGAGGUCUAAAUUCACAGACUGUACAAUGAUUGUCACGUUGAGUCCGACUGUUUUUAUCUGUUUCUACAAGUGAGAAAAAUCUUAUUCUCUGUUUGUCUUUUCAUUAAAAAAAGAGAAACGGUGACCUUUGCUCGGUGCUGUUUCUGCCCCCUGAGGUUGAGCGCUGCUAAUUGAAACUCAGCCUGUGGGAGAAACUCAAUAGUUUUGCAUUAAUAAGCAUCAUUUAUAUUUCAAAACAGACGCCAUCUUACCAGCUGAGGACCUCUGACAUGUUGACAUGUUGUUCUUUGUGUGUAAUGUGUUUGUGAUUGGAAUCCUAAAUCUUAAAGUGCCCUCGGGUCAGUAUUGAUCACACGCAGUCUCCCAUAUACUCAUUAAACAGAUUAAACUCUGAGCGAAUUCACUGGGAGAAAAGCUGAUAUUCGUCAAGAAAUGAAAAUCUAGAUCAGAGAUGUUGACUUACACUUUCAGAGUAGCUAUCAUUUUAGCUUUUUCCUUGUCAUUUUCUCCAACUCAGUCGAUAAAUAGCUUCAAAAUAUCUGACAGAGAAGAAAGGUGAGAAGGGGAAAUUUCAGGACAGCAGCAAUUCUCCGGGGAUAAGCGUUCAGAGGGGGCAGUGGAGGGGAGUGACCACAGGCCAUUUCACCGGGAUAAUGGGAUGGGAAUCCCUGGCAGCGGUGGCCGGUCGGAUGGGAUUUACUCUGGGAUUCUUCAGAGGACAGGAUAUUAUCAUUUUCAAACCAACUCCCUUCUUCUAUUAGAUACAGAAAUAAUCAUCCUCUGUUGUUAUUAUAUAUCACGCCAGGAUACCAAAGUGGUGAGAUCCCAGACAGACAUUAUGGAGUAAUUUCAUUGGCUUUUAAUUUGAAAGUGACCGGGCUGCAAUAAUCUAUAUAAAACACAGCUCAACACAGGAAAUCGGCCUCAUCUUAUCAGAUAAUGUGUUUUUAUCCAUAAGUGCAAUUGACAAAAGCCCUCACAGCCAACACGUUUUUGUUUUUUCAACUCCACACUGAGCCCUCUCAAAAAAAACAGAACAUCUGCAGUCCUUGCUUGAGGGUUUAAAAGAGAGAUAGAAAGAGAUUAAUGUCCCUUUACAGCAGGACGCCCCCCACAAAUGACUGCUAAUCUGCUCAAAGUCAAAGUUUGGUCCAGUGAUAUAAUAGAGUUCGUUUUUUUUCAGCAGUCGGCUUUGGACAGUGAGAGGAUUAUUUGUUUUGUUUAUCAGAAAACACAGCUCUUAAUGGGGCACAGUAUGAUGACUGUGCUCUAAUCCCUUGUUAUCUCUUCAUGUCUGACACAUGAGGCACACAAACAAACACCUACACAGACACACACACGUAUUUCACACACUCGGAGCUGUCGAAGAGAAGGACAGAUGAGAUGAUGCUUUUCCCCCGCGCAGGAUGUCAUUUAGCACGGGUUCGAAUGGGAAAAGGUCGGGUUGCUGACAUUAGUCACAGGUCUGCUGAGAGCCGGAGCUUGAAGCUUAGUGGAGGAGCAUGUUCACAGGGGAUUGAAUGAGAAUCAUUAUUGUAAUUAAAACCCUCUCCGCACAAGCUUCCUCAUCUUGCACAAUGAGAAUAAAGGAUUCAUUGUGUGAGAAACAGGGUCAUGUAUGUACCUUCAUCGCUCACAUCCAGGCUGAGACACAGAGGCAGGCAUGUAAUAUAUCAUAUUUACUUCUUUCUUCAUUUUUAAGUACUAAUUCAUCAGGAUGUAAAGGAAAGCAGGAAACUGAAGUCAAAGCACAGGCAGAUAUUUAUAAUCCCUUACCGAAGUUAGCCACAGCUUUUCAGGACUAUUAGUUCUUAGAUUUAUGCUGUGUUCGAGUUACAUCGGAAGUCAGAUGUUCGAGCUUGGGAUGACGUCACACCUGAGUUACCAUAGUCGGAAAAAAGCAAAAUCUGAGGCGGAAACAAGAUGGCUACAUCUACGAAAAGGUAAAAUAACUUAAAAUAACUAAAAUAAUAAGUGCUAAAAUAACUUUUGUAGCUGGAGCCAUCUUUUUUCUGACUUGGUAACUGAAAUGCUGGUAACUUGGGUGUGACGUCAUCCCCAGCUUGGAUAUCUGACUCACGAGGUAACUUGAACGCAGCAUUAUUCUGGCGUAGCUGUUAUCCUCAUUCAUCCCUUUACUUUUCAUAUUGUUCCGAUUAUAUUUCAAACUUCCCAAAUAAAAACAUUGAUGUUGUCAAUAACGUUUGGAAAUAACCAUCAGCAAAUCUAAAGAGAUAAAGCUGCCAACCUGUGUGUCCAUUCACCACACCACCUGAUAAUGCAAAUGUCUGCAUCCCUUUCAGCCUGACUCGAUUAAAAUACUGUAGAUAGUUUCUUUUUAAAGUUAUGUGUUUGGGCAUUUAUUAGAGAGGAGCCAGCUUCAGUGAGAAACAUAGCCUCUGCACACAGGGGCGCGCUGAAACCACAAGGCCGUCUGUGCCCCAAAAAAUGAGGAAUUUCUGUUAAAAAAUUAACGCCAAGCAGAUGUAGAGAAAUUAACUUUUAAGACCCAUUUCGCUCAAUGGGAAUUCUCGGAGCCAGUAGUGUUGUGUCAUUCGUGAAUGAUUUGUUUUAAAGAACCAAAUCUUUUAAGUGAACGUACAGAACCGAAUCACUUCCUUGAGUGAUUCGUUCGUUUCUCACUUCAGUUGAGCUGAAGUGAGAAACAGCAUUGCCAGGCCAGCAGCUGGCAGAAGAGUGACCACAUGCACCAACAUCUGAAUCACAACCCCAAUUUACUGAGCAGACCUGGUAAAUAGCAUACCAUAGGACAGUUGCUGACACUUUAAACAUCAUAACUUAUAAACAAGUUCAUUGUUACAAACCUGUUUGCCAAAGCAACACAGCCAAACACUCUCGUCUCCUGGUCCCAGAAGCUAUGAUCUGCACUGAAUCCUGAACCGUUCAGCUGUGUAUCAGUUCAGGAGGUCGGAGUCACAGGCUCCUUCCGCCAAACGCUAAAUGAUUCAGUUCAUCUAAAAGAACUGCCGUGCCCAUUACUAGGAGCCAGCUUCUAGUGGACAAAAGAGGAACUGCAGGACUUUGCUCUUUUUUACUUGCACUUUGCACCCGAGAUUCCUGCAUGAUUUCACUCAGCUGACACUAAAAAGUCAACGGUUUACUAAAUACUUAAUUCAAACAAAUAUAAUUUGAGAGUUACUGUAAUAGUAUUUUUGUGCAGAAACUGUAGAAUCACAGUUAAAUCAAAGCAGAGACUCUAUUUUAUUAUGUGCCUAUAGUGUUAAUGUAGUUCUGUGUCAUGUUUAAUCAUGGUUGUAGGUUCAUCAUGGCGUCUUCAAACGUCUCCACGUUUGAUAUCAGGCAGUUUGGUUAAAUCAUUCAUUCAUUUUCCUGAACAUGAAUGUGCAUGCGGCUGUAAUAUUUGUCUUUCACAUGUGGCUGAUGUUGUUGCCACAGCAACAUCCCUCGCUGGCUCGUGAAGCAGUGCUGGGAUUAAAGGCAACCCCCGAUACCCAAAAAAGCUUUUUCCUUCUCUGAGCGGCAGACUUCAGUGGGCCUUUGGAUGGAUGAUGGGGGGGAGGGGCUCCUGCUUUGAAGGGGGAUGAGGGAAGUGAUGUUGGUGGUCUGAUGGCUGCGGAGGGGGGGUUGGUGCUUGCUUUAGAGUUCUAGGUUUCAGACUAGUACCACCACGUGUGUGUAUGUAAGACUGAGAGCAGACAAAGAGGGUGGAGAAAGAGGAACCACAGAGUGCAAGACUGAGUGGGAGGAGAAAAGAGAGAGAGGGAGAGAGAGAGAGGGGAGAGAGGGAGGAGACUGAGCGGUGGAGAGGAUGCUCACUGGGAGUGUGUGACAGAGUAAAGAGCUGAGAGUGAGGCCAGCAGGUGAAUGAGUGAUGGAGAGCCGCAUGAGAAGCUGAAGAGAGAAAGAGAAGAGAGAGUCAAAGAGGAGGCUCAGAGAGAGAGAGAGGAGAUCACUGUGACAAAAGAGGGAGGAGAGAGGGAGAGAGGCUUUUAAGCAGAGGAGAAACGUAGUCAGAGAGUGAGUCAUCCCCCUGCCCGGUUACUGGUCACUGUCCGGACUUUUCCUGCUGAGCGUCCAGCUGCUGCUGCCAGAGUAAGUUUGCUGCCGGGCUCUAAGUAGGACACCAGGUUGCUGGAUGACAACCUCUUCUUCGUCUUCUUCUUCUUCUUCUUCUUCUUUACGUGGAUGAUUUGUGCGGUGCGUCGUGAACCAGCUGGGGUGCGUUAUGUAAUUUGUUGUGGUGUUGGGAUGAUGCCGUGGCUUAGUGCUGCAAACUGAUCUGCGGGAGCGCUUAUGUGUUCACGCUGCAUGGAGCACGGCAGGUGUGUGUGUAAACAACAGGAUGUACAGUAGCAUGCACUGUACAGUGGGGCAGUUUGGAGUGGCUGCAGGGGGGACAUCUCCUCUGACACUUUUUUAUGAUGCAGGAUUUACAAAGUGUGAUUUUCACGGUCUGUUAUUUAAAUGUACUUCAUGUACAUGAUAACGUCAGAGAAAAGAUGCCUGAUAUUUCUGAGAAGUAUGACCUUUAAUCUUCAGCCUUGCAUGAGUAUUCACCCUUUUGGACUUUUCUAUAUUUAAUAGUCUUACGUUGUUGAUCGGAGAGACUUGUUUCAGCUCCUCUUGCUUUGUUUCAGACAAGACAGAACAUCCUAUCUCUUUGCUAAUGUUGUCUUGCAUAUUCAGUUCUUUUAAAACUUAAAUGUAUAGUAUAUAAUUUCAUGCAAAAUGUAAAAAAAUGGCCUCUUCUUUAUGCAACCCUUACACCUGCACUGACAUCUACCCUGCAGCGAUGGGAACAGACAUUAAGUAAAAAAGUAUCUCCUUUCUGCUGAUCUUGUUUGCUUGUGCAGGUCCUUAAGAGGCAUUAUUGUUAAUUUCAGCACAAAAACUCCUUACAUGAGCUUUAAUAAACACAAUCAGACCCCCCAAAAUUAGAUAAGUUUAAAGAAAACAAAGUACUCCAAACUUUCCAGAUUGUUAAAGCCUCCUUAUAUCCAUUUUCUGCAGUUAUAUUACAGAAAAUAAGUUUCAAUUUGCAGCUGAAUCACAACAACAAACAUAACAGGUCAGUGAGGGGUGAACACUUGUGCAGGAUGCUGUGUGAAACCAGUUGUUUGGUGUGUGUCCUGCAUUCAUGUUGAGCACCUCCUCUAAUUAAAGAGUUGAGGGCAGCUGAUGCACGAUCAUAUCUCCACCUCCCGUGGGAGAUCUGCUGCUGCUGCUGCCGGGGCUCCUCGCCUCAUUCAUGUUUAUUUAGCAUGCUGGGGGAAAAAAACAUAAUACAACUGUUCCCAUUUUGUUUGGGAGCUUGUUUGACUGAAGAUGCACUGGCUUGUUGUGUAAGAGCAGGAUGCGCUGUUUGCUCGUGAUUCACGCUCUUUUUUUUUCUUAACCUAUAUUUGGUUGUGGGUACAGUCAGUGGAUGUGAAAACAGAUUCUUUCUCGAACAGCAGCUGUUUGUCUGAUCACAAAUAACAAAUAAAUGAUUACUCCUCCAGCGCAGAGAGAUAGCAUGUAUUUAAAAAAGGAUUUGCAUUCAGGCAGUGCAUCUCUUUAACUUAUCGCACGCAUUAAAGGGUGGGUUUUAUCUCUUACACAUGAAGAUUCAUAUUUCAUGCAUCCGUCGUCAUCGCAGGCAGGGGUAUAAAUUUUUCACUUUGCAUUAUCACCACUUCAUGUUCAUUUCAGAUCCACUCGCACACUGAUUGAUCUCCCCAUGUGUUUGAAAUUUAUUGAAUUAUUCAAACGAAUUGAAAGCCUGCCGCGCAGUCUGGCCCGUCGUCAGUGUCAAUAGGGCAGCACGUUCAGGGGGAGGGAUCGAUCGGUGAUCCUGUGUGGGGAUUGAGCCGUUCUAGGAGAGAUAUGGAGGUUAGAGUACAGGAUGCGUGACUGUAGUAUUGCUUGGUUUGGUGUUAGCAAGUGUGCUGCUCUUCUGGGAAUGAGAGGAGGGAUGCUCUCUCUGAAUAAAUGUGGGAGUACAGUACGGGUAGAUGACAGUCCCCAAACCCCUGAAGUGUUGGUGAAUAGAGGGUUUAUGAUUCGUGUGACAGACGAUGAAGAAUCUAUACAGGGAGUUAGUUCAACAUUAUAAAGGGAGGAUGUUAACAGCAAAGGCAUGAGAUAUUGACUUAUUGAGAGUGUAAAAACAAACUUGUGUGUUUCCAGAAAGUUAUGGAGGUGAAAUUUCAUCAUCAAGGUACAGCACCCACAGGGGCGUGUCCAGACAGUUCCGUUGGGGUGGCUCAAAAGGGCACUGACUUGUGCAGGGGUGGCAUGAAGUAUCUGUGUGCACAUGUCCAAAUGGCUUUAUACUACAUUUUUGUCUCAACCAGUUAUUACAGUCUGUCUUGAAUCGACAUGGGCACAGUGAUUUAGACCUAAUGCAGUGAUUUCCAUUCCAGAGUCAUAUCUAUCUAAGUUUGUGGAACAAUCUGAACAAAGAAGCUAAAUCAAAUUUUAUCUUCAAAAAAAGUGUCAAAGCCAGUAUGUUGAGUAAAUACAAAUCUCAGUCUUGGUAUGUUUGUUUUGUGAAAAAAAUGUGAAUUCUGUUUGCUUUGUGGGUUGUUUUUGAAAAUAAGAAAUUUACAUGACCCAACCUAAGAUGGGAUUUGGCCCAUCUUAUCUAACAUGAGCGACAGUGGUGAGGAAAAACUUUCUUUUAACAGGCAGAAACCUUGGGUAGGACCAGACAACCUUGGACCACAGUCCUCCAUGUAUCCUUGUUUUUUUGUACUGUAAUUUCUCUGGGUACUCUGAAUUUUUUGCACGGUAACAUACUUGUAGGAUAAAAAAAAUCCUUAGGAUUUUGGCUUAAAAUGUUGAACUGUUCACCCACACAGUCCUCCAUAGUUCUGAGGGAUCUACAUUUAAAACAGUGUCCCAGCUUUUUAGAAGCUAAAGUUGAACAUUUUUCAACUUUAUCUACCGUCUGUCAAAAGAAAGAGUUAUAUUAAAAGUGUUUCACCUUCUGGGCUGAAGGCAGUUGUACGGCCUCCAAAGUGAGUGACAUUUCAUGUCGGCGUUGCUUUAGGUUUUUCUCUUUCUUGUCUUUCAACUGAGUGACCUUUUCUAACCAAACGCUCUCUGACAUCUGUCCAAUUGUAGGAAACAAGAUGGGAGUGACCCCCGGAUUUCUGCAGCACUAGAGCCCCAGCUGUUCCAGCCGACACUCCCAUACAGCAGCUCGCCAUUCCACAAGGUAGGAGGAGUAUGAAGAGGAGGGGGUUGCACUUUGACCUCUGACCUUAUCUGAUGGACCUCUGUGUGACCUCUCUGUGUGAUCUGUGUAAGGUGUUGCUGCUCGUUUGGGCUCUACACCUGCUUCCCUCGGGUCUCUGUCUGUAUACAGUCGUUCACAUGUGUGUUUUACAGUAGACUCACACUUUUUUCCCCUCCGGUGUUACUUUGAUUUUGUCUCCCCUUUGUGCGGCUUAUGUAAUUACAAUGCGUCAUGUCUGGGAUGAUUAUAUUUGGCUGAUUCAAUCAAUUCAAAUCUAUUUUUAGCAGGAGACUCUAUCGCAGCGUGAUAUCGAUGAUUUCUCAAUCCAAGUUUUUUAACUUUAAUGAAAGCAAACAAAACACAGCAUGUCUGCACAAUCAUCCUUUUUUAGAUAGAAAAUACAAAAACUUUUACCACUUUUUUCAGGGUUUCAAUAGUUUUCCAUGAACAUUACUUGGAAAAAUGAUCAACAAUUUCUUCAGACGUUUUAAAUGAAGCUAAAUUAGCAUUUUUUUUAAAAACUUGCUCUUAUUAAACGUGAGGAUUUUCUGCAGGGGGUGUCAUCCAGUUCACUAAAACUGUUCUCAAAGAUUUUUCAAUCAGCCCAGUUUGAUCUGUUAUUCGCCCGUUCAGAGGAAAUCAUGUGAAGACUAAAUUGCUGCAAUUAUUGAUGCCGAAUCUAAAAAAAGGCAGAACAUGAAAGGGUUCAGAGGCAGUCCAUUCAAUAGAUCUAUUUAGACAGUCACGGCACCAUUCACACACACAUAUUGCUUUCAGAGCUGUCAUGCCCACCUUUUGGCAUCAUUUAUCUUCCGUAAGUGUGCGACUGACGCAAAAAAAAACUGCACAGGGAUGAUUCAGGAUCCAAGAAACUCAGCACAGCUAAGCUCAGCAGUGAUUUGAAGUGGAUACCAUCUCACACGUCAGAUUGGUUUCAUAAGGUCUCUCACACUUUGGCAGAGGCUUACACAGCGAGCAGAGGGAGCGCAAAGAGAAAGGGAUUAUGAGAGAAUUUCGGAGAUUGGGUUGUCAAACCGUCACUUCCGAUCCCGGCUGCACAAACCAUCUGCAGGUGCCUCAGACUUACAAGAUAGAAAUAGUCGUACACAAGUCGAGGAUUUAUGGCCCUUCUGUGAGUCUGCAGGUUUGCAGAGAUGACAGUGUACCGGAAUUUUCUUCUUAUUUUUGGGUGAAAAGCAACAACAACAAAAAAGGAGGUCUGUAAGAUGUCAAAUAUUCCCGCUCUCUAAAUGGAGUCAAGUGCAGCGAUAUUUAAAAAUUGAUCCCUGACCUCGUUUUCACCGAACGGUCUUUGGAUAUUGGAUAUUGAGGGGCAGCGUGGUAAUGUGUUGCGCUGCAGUAUGAUAAGGGCUUAGUAGGGCAACACUCAGAGGAGCAUAUCGCUUUAAUCAGAGCCCUGCGAAAACCAGGUCAAUCUGCAAUUAACCCCGGCAGGUCUUAUGGUCAGCGCCUAAUUCAAACCACAAUGCCACGCUGUCAUAUUCACAACGUGGCAACUUAUUAUAGGGUUUGCCUCAAAUACUUAUUCAAUAUGAUCCAUAUACCGCAAAACAAGGCCUUUCUGAUGCUCUAUAUUGACUCCAGAAACACACACACACACUGACUCACAAAGACCUGUCAAAUGAUCCGGCGUUACCUUGCUACUUUAGGGUCUCCAAAGACAUCCUCGGGUUUGUGUCAGCAAAUAAAAACUGAUAGAAUCUGUGGAGCUUAUUGCUUUCCUCGAACUCUGAUGUCGUCUGUAGGAGUCACGAUUUUCUGGAGCGACGGGUUAUUAGUAAUAGACCUCCGGCCGGGACUUCAUUUCAGUGCGUUCGGUGCCAUUUUUUACUGUCUGACUGGCAGCUGAUGAUAGAUGAGAGUGUUGGUUUUAAGGUGUGACGUCUAAGGAUAUACACUCUGUCUUCUGAAAGACGUCAGAUACACAACGCAAUCAGUCUUCAUUCGUUAUCUAUUUUUAGACUUCUUAAAAACAUACGUUUAGGUGUUUUGGUCACGCGCAGCGGGCACCACUGGGCUGAAACAGUCCCCGAACAAUUAAAAUAAGACACUUUUGACGAAGGGUGUCCUGAUCCUGGUCUUGGCUGUCAUGUUAAAGCAGAUUUGGCUACUUUUCAGCUGAUCGGAGUUAGGCUACUGUGAACACUGAUGUCAGCAGUGUAGAAAUAUUUUAAAUAAGGAAGCAGACUAGAAAGUUGCUGCAUUAAAGCAAGAGGAAGGAUACAAAAAGGUGCUUGAGUUCAUCACUUUGUACCAUCUUACCUCAUUUUUGUGUCGCUUUUUGGAGCUUUUCGAUCCAUUGUGUACAUCCGUUUGAGACAACAUAUAAGGUGUUUGAAAACAUGAUUUGGCUGCUGUUAGAUUUAUGAAAGACUAUUUAAACAUGCAGUAUUGCUUACACACUAGCUGGAAGAGGUUAAAUGGAGUAAGCAGGACCCAGACCAGGACUCAAUAUCAGCAGAUAGAUCGUAUCAAAGAAACUGGAUCAGGAUUUUGGGGGCCAAAAAGGCUGAUCAGGAUAUCCCUACUUCCAAUAUCGAUAUCCAGUCCUGCUAGGUUCUGGUUGACUUGAUGGUUUAAGCCAUGCCCCAAAUAUACAGAGGACCUUGGCUGCUCUCACCUCUUGCCAUAACCCCCUGCAGCAUCUUUCCUCACUCUCAGCUGUCAUUUCAGUUUAGGAAAAAAAGACUAAAGAAAAAGACUAAAAAAAUAACUUCUUAUGCAGAAUCUGAGAAGCCCAAACAUCCCUGAGCUGUCUUGAACAAAAGUCAAAAAUCAAAAGUUCGUUAUCACAUUAUAAAGAAAGAUGAAAUGUGACUCUGUGUGCCUCCCUAGAGUUCUUUUUUGGGGUAUAAGUGACCUUGUCCGACUUGUUUACAGCAGCUGCUGUGGGUUAUACAAUCUGAUCAGGUUGAAUUACUGUAGAUUCCUAUUUUAAGAUGCUAAAUCUUCCUGUAUUACCUCGAACCAGAAUGUGAAACACAAAGCCAUCCUGUGAGUGUGAACGGAGAAGACAAGCCCCGAUGUGUCUCUGUGAGGUGGUCAGCGUUAUAAUGAGCUCCUCUCUAACUGCACAGAGUUGUUCCUGAGAAGUGUGUGGGAGAGGAGAGAGAGGUCUCAUGCAUUAAAUUUGCCUCUUGUCAUGAUGAUGAUCUUAUUAGCGCUCAUAAUGGAAGGUCUCUGCUCUGACACCUACGGUGCAUGCCAGCCCGCACCUCUGCCCCUCUGUUCAUGUCUGCGAAAUGAUCAAAAGUUUUCUCUUCAAAGACUUCCCUCUGCUCCUACUGCAGUUUUUGUGUCUGUCUAGACUUCUGCCCCUUUUACUCCAUCCAUCCUCUUUUUAUUACAUUCAUAUUUCUCAUUUUUGGUUCUUCUUUCUUGGGUUUUUGGGUUUCCAGCAAAGUGGGACAUCUCAUCAAAUAGCUCCUCCUUGACAGGCGAUUGUUUAGAGACUUGUCUCUUAGAGUCUGACUCCACCUCCUGCUACCUGUCAGUCUAAGUCAAGAAAGGGCUGUGAUAGAUACACAGGUGGAUGAUAUGUGGUUUGGAUGUCCUCCUGUGAUGCUUUAAAGAGAGAAAGAGGCAGACAAAGACGGAUCAGCAGAGCACAGACUCCUCCAUCUGCAGUCAGAGGAUUAAUACUGUAAAAUCUGAGCCUCCUGAGACUUCAACUCACUCUGGUCUUGUGUGUUUAGAGGACACACCGCUUCAGCCUGUGGAACUUGUCUUCGGCUGUCUCUGAUCCAGGACUUGUUUGCAGUCAUGGUUGCACUUAGCGGGGAUGCAGCUUUAUCUGGAGUGUCUCAGUGGGACUCCGUCAAAAGUCUGUCACAGAGCGAGUUUUAUCCAAACCUGUAGAAGUGAAGUAAGGUGAAGAAACAUCUCUCAGAGCGGCAGGACACUUAUUUAAGAAAAUGGCUCGAAAUCAUGACAACUACUUCAAUUCUCCAAUGGUGACAAAGGCACGCUGGAGGAAACCCAGCCAUGUAAGUAGCUCCACUUUAGAAAAAUACAGGACAGGUAGGCUGAAAGGAUGUCAGGUCGGAAAAUAGAGUCUUCAAACUGAGACUAAAACUGCAAAAUAGAAAUCAGACAGAAGCCCUGACAGCGCUGGAAAAUGUUUAAUUAAAGAGGAGCAGUUCCAGCUUUAUCGCUGAUAUUUCUAAGAGUGUAACAGGUAGCAUGACAGGAUUUCAUGUGCUUUUUUUUUUUGCGUGGCUGUUUGUCAUCACUGACUUUUACUGGUUCAUAAAGUUGUUAUGCAAGACUUAUAAUAAUAUGUGGUUUAAAGCAGGAGCUCCACUCGCCCUGAUCCUCGAUUAAUGUGGCUGCAGCCGCUGUUAUUUACUUUCAGGGUUUGAGGCGGACUGUUGUUUGCACAUGGUGGAGGACUUUACUCAAACUCACACAGAAAGCUAAGAUUGCUCUGUACACAAGCUGUUUGACUGUGUCGGGCUUUACUGGCUCAACCUUGCAGCCGUCACUUUUAUCGCCACAGACCCACGUUCUCACGGGCCGCUGUAAUUCAGCUUUAUUGUUGUUAUUAGAUGGGUCAUGCUCAACCGAUGCAUGGCAUUCGGCAUGUGAAGUUUUUAAAGGGCAGCGCUCCCAGCAGCUGUGUUUGGGAUGUAAAGAGUAAAGCAGGUGUUUAACGCGGACAAACCGGUCCGCCUCACAUGAAUGAGAGACAAACCGCGAGGGGAGAGGCAGGAGAUGACACACUUCAAUCAGGUAAAAUGUGAAUUCAAACAAAUAGAAGUCCAAACUUUGGCUGGGGAGGAUUGUCAUGAGACCACAAAGUUGUGCUUCGCAGACUCUCAACACCUGCCUUACAGUAGAGAGCUAAUGUGUCAACAGUUUUUGGUUAUUAUGCAACACCUGACCCAGUUUUAUUAAGUGAUGAUUUGAUAUUCUGUUUGAGCUCCUGAAGUUGAGAGUUUACACUGUCAUCAAAGUCAAAUGUCAUUAAUUUAAAAUCUUUUAUGUAAGCUCUUUGGUAAACAUGAUUCUAGUUGAUAGGUUGAUUCAAACGGCUGAAGAAAAUUUCACUUUUUUUUCACGAUUUUAGAGAGUAUACGGCUUUGAAACCCUCUAAUGCUGCAAACCUUUGAUCCGGUUCAAAGUACUUUUUACACAAUGGUGCCUGAGACUGAUUUCACAUAUUUAUUUGUAGUUUUGAUACAAAUUUAAAACUCCUGUUAGGAACUUUUAAUUUAUCAUCCUUCUUAGAUUUGUUAAAGUUGUAAUUUAUAACAAAAAAUGUCAUUAUUUUAACUUUUGAUGAUCAAAUGCACAAAAACAGAGCUGUUUCUUCAGCUGCUUGGCUGACACCUACCCUCCUGCAUUAAAAUAACAACAUAAAAAUCAUCAGUCUUGUCACUGAAAGGUUUGUUUGCUUUUUUAUAUCAUCAAAAAGCAUCAACAUGAAUUUCAGUCUGUUUCAUAAAUGACAAAAAACGCCCUUAUAGGAGCUUUAAGCUGCUUGUGCGUCAGUAUUGAUACAGUCAUGUCACUAUUUGAUCUAUUUAUUCGCUUACAAAGAAAAGAGCAAGUUAAUAACAAUAUUAGAUACAGGACAAAAGCAUGUUAUAGUUGGUGAAAGGGCAAAUUUAAACUUUCACUGAUUUGAACCCAAAUGGCAUUAAACUACGGUGGCCAGCAAGGGCAGAUAAUCUGCGAAGAAACAUGCUGCACACUCACAUGCCACACUCUGUAUUUGUGUUACAUUUGCUAUAAUACUCUGUCUUUUUACCACAGGUUACUUCUCAUUUGUUUUGCAUUUAAACUCUUGCAUUCACUUAAAACCGAUGAAUAUGUUUUUGAGCUCACUUUGUUCGAGCAUCUGCAGGAUAUGAUUGCCUCUGUGUGUGUGUUUAGUUUACAGCAGAAAGAUGCCUUUUAUACGCUAGAUUCAAACAAAAAAGCACUCAGAUACAAAAGGACCAGAGCUGUUCCUGGUCAGAGAUCACUUUGUACUUUAGAGAGAGCAGCAGAUGUCCAAAGGCUCGGUCUGCUGAAUAGUAAUUAAAGUGUUCUUGAGGGCACAGUGCAGGGAUGCAGUCAUUAGUAUCUGCCAUGAAUAGACACAAAAACAUUAACAGAGAAAGGUCAGCAAAGUUCGAGGUUAAAUCAUCGUUUCUGAAACUGAAGAAAGCUUCAAUCAGCCUGACGGUAAAUGAACUCAAACAUGUCAUGUCGCUCUCCUCUCUGCAGACCCCAGGUUUAUUUGAAAUGAUUGAAAGGAUGCAGGUAAGACGACACCUUAAUCUGUGUAUUUCUGUCUGGCGGUCUCUAAGCCGCACUCACAAAGCCACUAACCAGCAGUCAGAGCGACUUCUCCUAACUCUGCGGCUCUCUGGCCCUCUGCCCGGCUACGACACCUGUGUGUGCUGGUUUCCAAGGAGCGCUGUUGGGGCAUUAUGUGUGUGUGUGUGUGUCGCCGCGUCUCUAUUAACAUUCUGGUUGCUGCCAGCACUUUAACUUCAUUACGUCUCUUCAAUAACUGUCUCCUGAUCUCUUCAUAGCUUUAUAUUGAUGGAUGUUUUAAACAAACCGUCCCCACUUAUAAUGAAGCGAAACUUUUAUGACGGAGCUUUUUAAGACUUGAGUUAAUUACGUAUCAUAAAAACAGCUUUUAGGAGCCCCAGCAUCUUUCACAUUUGACAGAGCUGGUCAGCGUUCCUGAAUAUUUUAACCAGAUAAAUUAUAUUCUUUGUAGCAGGAGUGUUUUUUCCACAUAAUUUAUGGGAAUGAUGCAUCAUCUCUCUGGACGCUCAGUGCCAUCGCGGCUCUGAUUUAGUAUCUCUGCAUCUCUUCCUUUUGCACCCUCUCCAUUCGUCUCUCACACAUGCACACUUCAGGUCCCUUGGGUGUUUCUGUUUCACUUAGCUUAGCAUGUUUUUAAUGAAGACGCUUCUUCUGUGUGCUAACAGUCUCUCUCUAAGUCGCCUGCUCUUUAGCAUCCUUGAAUAGUAUCAGCUGUGAGUGUGUGAGUGUGUGUGUAAGUUUCCGUCUGCCCCUCAUGACUUUGCCUUGUUGUCUGCUGCAAACCUCUCGGGAAGAAAAUGUGUCGUUACGUAAUGACAUUGAUGAUCCUCCUUUUGUCUAAUUGCUGUCAUUGAAAUUUCACAUCUUAUUUUUAGAAGUCUUUAUACAUCCUGUCGAUGACGAAGAUUCAGAUUCACAGAUUUUUUAAUUAACAGAAAAGCAGCUGCUAUACGCCGACGACUGACCGUGGCCCCCUCUCUGUCUCUGUCUCUUCCCUUAUCUUGUUUUCUCCUCUUGUAGGGCAACAGGAUGGACGAGCAGAGAUGCACCUUUCCUCCCCCACUGAAGGUGCGUUCCUCCAUGCGCAGAUACACUGUUUUCCACUCGAUGCGGCCCAUUGUCUCAUGCCUGCUCCACCAUAUCUUGCUCUUCCAGACAGGCUGAUUACUGCGGCUCACAGCAGCACAGUAUUAUUCAUAAUGCAGUGUGAGGCUCUCAGCUCCUGCCAUCAUUUUUAUGCCCACAGAGAUGGUUUCAUGUAUCCCUGGAUGCUCUGCAGAAAGAAAUGGCAAAAAAUCUCAGUCACUAAGACUCUAAUAGGAUGUGAUGUAAUGCAGUAUUUUAAAGCAUCAGUCUGCGAGAUAAUGGCAAUAUUUUGAUCAAGUGGUGCAUUGAUUCCUUGCUGUGUUGCAUAACAGUUAUGCAAUAAGACUGAAGCAGUGUCCUUUGGGAUUAUAGGGUUGGACAGUGUGGCUAUUUUUAUUCUUUGAUGAGAAAACAAUACUUUUUUUUUCUCUGUUUGCUUUCAGACUGAGGAGGACUACAUCCCAUACCCCAGUGUUCACGAGGUAGGAUGAUAAGAACAGACUGCACUGUCACUUUACACAGUUGGCGCUCGCAUUAUCCUGAUUCACGAUCUUUGGUGUCGCAGGUGUUGGGAAGAAAAAGCCCCUUUCCUCUCAUCCUGCUGCCUCAGUUUGGGGGUUACUGGAUCGAAGGGACGAACCAUGAGCUGAGUGACACGUUGGACGCAGAACAGCUGCAGCCUCUGUCUCCAGACACUCGCACCAAACUGGAAUGUAACACAACAGCCACCAUCUACCGGAAAGACUUCCUGGGCAAGGUUGGACAUUUAAUACAACGAGGGGAGGGAUCACUUUGACCUGAACAGAGCUGUCAAAAUUGUUCCAAAAUGACAUCUGAAUAUUCGCUCUAAAAAUCACACAUAGGUUCGAAUGUAUUUGAAUAUCUAGCUUACACAGCUUGCAUAUAACUGUCUACCAUGUCUGCCCAAAAUCCGAAGAAUUUCCAAACAGAGCUUCUAAAGUUCGUUGGAGUCAAGAUCAAUCUCUCCAAGUUUGGCUCCGAAAAUCCUACCAUCUCUCUCUGCAGGUGCCACAGACAGUUUUUGUCGAGUCUCACUGCAGGUGCAGCUCCAGCUCCAAUGACCUGUCCCUGACCCGUCGUUCCAGUGCGCUCACUCCCAAAGCAGCCGCUGUUCUUUUUUUUUUUUUUCAUUUUUUUCCCCACUUAGUUUUUUCCUGCUGUUUAUUUAAUAUUCAAAUACAUUUGAAUUUUGUUUUUUUAUAUUCAAAUAUAUAUUUGAAUUUAGAAUAUUCGUUGACAACCCUAGUCCUGAAUUGAGCUCAAGAUCUAUAAAUUUUUACGUAGUCACAUGUAUGUUACAUUAAGCGAUUUGAACCUGGUGUCAAAUUCCCCAAACUUUUAGUUGCUAUUGAUUUUUUUGCGCCCCCUGUAGGGAAAGAUGCCCAUCUUAUGGCUUUUCUUAUCAUGUCUUGUACAUCCAAAGUAGGGCUGUCACAAUAUAUUAGUAUUGAUGGUUAUUGUCGUCAUUAAGCCUAGAACACUAUCGCUAAAAUUAGUAACACCAUCACUAUCGCCGGGUGAUUUUUACCCGAAAUGAUAUACCCAAGAAAAAGUACUUGUCAUCAAAAUAUAUUAAAAUAGGACAAAACAUGACAAAUUAAAGUAGUUUUCUUUUCUUUUUAACUGUGUAAUGUCCUAAGGGAGGAAAAAAACGUGCCAUGAGAGGACCAUAUAAAAAUGCAACAAAAUAACUGAAAUUAAGCAUUCAUGAACAAAAAAUUCCUAAAAAAUAUUUAUAGAAACAGUAAACUUAGUUUCUUUUCCACACAUUCCUGGGGCAUGUGAGUCUUCCCUUGUGACGCCUUCAAAGAUGUCAAAGGCAAUGCUGAAGCUAUCCAUGAGGGACUCAGACAAAUGCAACAUAAUGAAAAUCACGUAAACAUGUUUGAUCAGGUAAAAAAUCACCCGGCGAUAGUGUUCUAGGGUUAAAACACCGUAAUACCGUGAGUUCAUACCGUGAGAUAAAGAACAAGCUGUAAGCUGCUCUCGAGAAGACUCAUGUGCUCAAAGUCACUCUGCUGUUUUUUUAAGAUCUCAAUCCGGCCAUAAAACUCUUUCUCUGGAACUUUAAAUAAUCGUGUUUGCUCAGAAGUAAAGUUGGUUUUAUGUGUUUUUAAAAGGUGUGUUCUGGAGCCACUUUCACUGCGAUAAUACUGCUCCACUGCACAUCCAAGUCCUCAUUACAGCAGCUUCCUUCCUCGGCAAAUGAGCCUCGUUACUCUCGCAGAAUAUCCCACAAUCAAUUUCACUUCUUGCUCAUUACGGUAAUGAAAUGAACGGGCAGCGAGUGAAUCCCAGCCGAGGAAAGCGCUUACAGCAGCCGGCCCCACCGUUAGUCUCCUCAUACACUCCUGCUAAUGAAGACGCAUUAGCCUCUGCCACCUGUUCGUACACGGGGCGUGAUAAUGUGAACAAAUCUGAUCUGAGGAAAAAAAAAAGGGUCUCAGAUUGGACAGAUAUGCUGUGUCAUGCAGUGUGUUUGUGAUGCUGUCUGAUGGUCGUAUCCUCGCUCUCUGCCCGCAGGAACACUUUAAUUACUAUUCAGUGGACAGCGCCCUUGGACACUUGGUGUUCUCUAUUAAAUACGAUGUGAUUGGUGACCAAGAACACCUCCGGCUCAUGCUCAGGUAAUACUCACUAUUUACAGCUCUUAAACUGGCAUGGAGGGCGCAGACACGGCAAACCUAUUAUAGCUGGAAGCUGCUAACAUUCACACAUUUCAUCCCCAGGUGUAAAUGAGAAAACGCUGUUUGUUUGUUUUUUUCAACUAAUUUCAACUCAGCUGAACCUACAUUUAGCUUAAAGGCACAUUUCAUGUAAUUAUGCAGCUGAAGUUGCUUCAUACUGGAACAAACAGACAGACAGAAAAAAAGGAAAGAAAUUCACAGAUUGGAUUUUAUUUAAAAGACUGAACAGUAAAACUGUAAAAUUUAGGAAAAGAGAGACCAGGAUCAGAGUUACUUUUAAGAUUUUUCCAGCUGAGGUCAACUUUUUAUUUUUCAAAUUAAAACCAUACAGUUAAAAAAAAAGCAAAGUGACGUAGGAAAGAAUUAAAUCUAGCCCUGUGCAUCGGCAUUCAAAGUUCAGGAAGAAUGGGCUUAAGCAAAUCGCUCCACUUACAUGAUCAACAGGAAAUAAAUGUUCCCAAAGUGCCCUGCGCUGACCGGAUAAACACAUCCUACUAGCUGGGGUGUUAUGGUAAGAGUCAUAAAGCUGGAGAGAGUGUCAACAGUACCGCCGUUUCCACAGUGGAGUAACAGAUGGACUAUUUAGGCCAGAGAGUGGGUGGGGAUGGACGGAGGGAGAGAGAGGGAUGGAGAGAGAGGAGAGAGAGAGAGAGAGAGAGAGAGAGAGAGAGAGAGAGCGAGGUCAGAGAAGGCAAAGAGAGAGAGCGAGGGUGGGGAAGUUUGAAGAUAGUCCAAGCCGGAUCAUCUCUGUAAACGUUUCAUCACUUUUUAUUGCUCUGAAAACACCCUGAUUGUUUUACGACUUGACUAGGAACAAGCUGAAAACCCAUCAUGAUGUGAUCCCCAUCUCCUGCCUGACAGAGUUUCCCAACGUGGUCCAAAUGGCUAAGGUGAGAGCAGCUGUUUGUCCUACGAUGAAGAUCAGCUGUGACCAAACAUGAGUCAGUUUAUGACAUUUUUCUUCUCUUUCUUUAAACCCAAGCUGGUCUGUGAAGAGGUGAACGUGGACCGCUUUUAUCCAGUCCUUUACCCAAAAGUAAGACCUGCACUGGUUUGUGUAUAAACAGCAUUUAAAUAUAUGUCCUAAGGUUUUAAAUAGUAUAAUGAUUUAAAGGACAAGUCUGCGAGUUUUCCAGUUUUCUUUAAAAUAAAAUAAAAAAGUAAGAUAUGUUUUUACUUUAAAAGACACACACUUGAUUUGUCAGUUUCAGUACAUGAGCUUAACUAAUGAAUACAUGAAAAAAAAUCUAAGUACUCCUUUAAACUCUUUAUGUCUUUUGUUAUCUCUAUUUUUCGCAGGCUUCGAGACUGAUCGUCACUUUCGAUGAACACGUCAUCAGCAACAAUUUCAAGUUUGGGGUCAUUUAUCAAAAGUUUGGACAGGUGAGCUUUUUAGCUAUAAUUCUGAGCAGUUUAAGCAUGAAUGUGAGACAAAGACAACCAAAUAUUGACUGGACCAUGUUUCAACUUUUUUAUACGUGGUUAUACAAGAUUUAAAAAGUUCUCUAUCAUAAGUGAACAAAACUGAAAAUUUAAAGCUCCUGUGAGGAGUUUUUAGCUGAUUAUAAAGCAAAAUGAGACUAACAAUGCAGCCUCUGUAUGAGCUACAAAGGCAAACAAAACCAUCAGUGAGAAGACUGAUCAUUAAUCAAUAGUUAUUAAUAAUGGAAAACCAAAACAGCUGCUGUGGGGUAGGUGUUGAAAGAAGUGAUUAACAGCACGCUGUUGAGACAGCCUUCUGUUUGAUAUCUUACAAGGAUAAGAUCCUGGUCGAGUGACUCAUUUGGCUGUUUUUAUAUUUAUAUUUAUUCUAAAAUUAACUCGAUUGAUUUAGUGUUGUUCAUCUAAAUGAAAAAUUAAAGGGCUGUAGUGAAGAUGUUGUUUAUUUUUCGUCAUAGGAAGCUCACACGCGUCCUUUCUAUUCAUCAUAUUCAAAGCUUGAACAAUGAGAAAGUCAUAUACAUUAUAAUUUCUGAUUUCCUCAAGGAAGCUCAUUAUGCUCGGUCCUAAUUAGAGCUUUCAGUCCGGCCCACCACUCCCUCUCAUUUCUGAAGCGAUCACAGAGCUCUUGUUCGCACUGUUAAGGGCAGAAGAGCUGUUGAAAGCUGCGCUGAGGGCACUUGGACUUCGUAACAGAAACCACCGCGUGAACAGAUCUACAAAGUGUAUACACUAAAGCCUGCAGUGCUUUAAAUACCCUGUUAAAUACAUAGUAAAUGAUCCGCCUUCUCAAGGAGGCAGAGAGGACCGUCUGCUCAUCCUUCAGGGUGUUUUCUAUUCAGGGGGGAGAUGCUGAGUGAAAUGCAUGAUGGUUGAAGAGGCAUAUUGCAAGCAGAAAAACAAAACAGAGAUAGUUAAUAAGCAACAGAAGCUGUUUGUUUUUGUCAGGGAAAGCUUUGUGUUCACAUCACUGCUGCUCUCGCUGACAAUAGACAGUCUAUCACGGCCUAUUAUUGUCAUUAUUGCCAAGCUUCCCUCAAGGCCCUGCAGCUCUGAACCUCCUGUUAUACCUUCUGUUAAACCUUCUCUGUAUUUUUAAAUGCAAAUUUGUUUAAAAAAAAAAAAGAAAGACGUGUAAAAGCACACAGAGCAUCCUUCACCCUCCUGUAUUGACUCUAAUGACGCGUGGAGAAACAACACACCUUAUGCAAAAUAAUCAAAGUAAAUCUCACUUCUUGUUUGCUUCUUGCAAAUCCCUACAGCUUGUUUAUUUGUGAUGCCAUUAUUACUGAUCACUUUGUAAAGCACAGUCUCUUUUAACUCCAGGGUUUGAUGCUUGUGAUUUUUUUUUAAAAUGGUUUCAGACUUCAGAAGAGGAAGUGUUUGGCAACAGCGAAGAAAGUCCUGCCUUUGUCGAAUUCCUGGAGUUUCUGGGAGAGAAAAUCGAGCUGCACAACUUUAAAGGGUGAGGAUCUAUCUCUGGUUGGAGGUGCUAAAUAUACCUCACUGUACAUUUCAAACAUGAUGCCAGCCGUAUAGUACAUGAAAUCAGUCCAGCAGCAGUAGCAGUGAUGGUCAUGCUACGGCCGUCGUGUUGGAGGAUAUCUUGUUAGACAUGGUUCUCUGUGUGUUUACAGUUUCCGAGGAGGGUUAGACGUGACUCAUGGGCAGACGGGCACCGAGUCCGUCUACUGCAACUACCGCAAUAAAGAGGUCAUGUUCCACGUGUCCACAAAGCUGCCUUACACAGAAGGGGACACACAGCAGGUACUGUAAUGCAACACCAAACUAACACACCUUUCAUAAUCCAACUACAGGCAGUCAGACAGGUUCCAUCUGGGCAUUAUAGUACCCUCUCGUAUCUGCCAAUCUCAGCAAAUAUUUAAAGAUAGAGGCUAAAAAAGCACUCGGAGUAAUUAAAGCUCUCUUUUAAUGCAUGCAUGUGUGGAAAAGCUGAUAUACAGCUUUGUUCACACAACCGUGUCCUCCCCCGCCUCUCGCUCACAUAUUCACACAAACACUGAUUAAUUAGCACAAGCUCGCACACCAUUUGCUAUCAUGGCUUGUACAAACACAGAUGUGGCUAGAUCUAUAUGUUCAGUUUCCCCUGGCAGCGUAGAGUGCACUCGGGGUGAAACAGCACCCCCUGGUGGUCAUCAACAAAUUCAAAUCUGCAUUGGAGAUUGAUUCAUACAGUUCAAAUAAAUGUGUUUUUUUGUUAUGUUUGGGUGGGGGCGCUGUGUGCAUUUAUUGCAUUUAUUUAAAGGACAGGACAGUGAGGAUGAGAGGAUGAGUGGAGAUGACAUCUGGCAAGAGGGUCAAGGGUUGGAGUCAGGCCCUGGGUCGUCGCCUCAAGAGGUCUUAGUGUCUGUUUAUGAAGUUCACAAUUUGACCACUGAGCUAAAGCAGCACGCUAUAGCUACAUUAUGAGUCCAGUUUUAAAAAAUCUAACAUCAGUUUAACUUUUCUGUUGAUUUCAAAUCCUGUACACUCCUUCUUGGUUGUUUAACCCUUUUCUUUUAAAAUAUAUUUGCUAUAUGGUAUUAGACUGGUGUUUCUUUUGCUCAGAUGAAACAUGUGACCAGGAUUUCAGACCUACUGCAGUGAUACCUGAGUGGACUUUCCAGGGAUGUUUGCAAAUGAAUUUCAAAUUUUUUUGAUACAAACAUACAUGUAUGUAUCAAAAAGUGAUAAACUAGGGUGCAAUCAAUCAAUCAAUCAAAUUUUAUUUAUAAAGUGCUUUUCCUACAGGAAUGUGACUCAAAAUGCUUUACAGUCAAGUUAAAAACAAAGACAAAAAUUUAUCCCAAAUGACCCUUUACCCCCCACCCCCCACCCCCACCCCCACCCACACCCACACCCACACACGCCAACGCAUCCGCACAUACACACACUAAGAUAAGGGUGCAAUCAGCAUUUGAUCUGCACCCCUCAAAAACAUGCAGCAUCUGUAAUUGAUCUGAGAGCGAGAGUUGGGCCUUCAUUUCUCUUCAUAAAUACAUUUAUUAAAGUUUGGUUAAAUGUGAUCAGGUGAAGCGACUUUUCAGUGUGCUGCUGAAGAUUGUCUGAGAAGCAGAAACAGAACCAGAUAGAAACAGUGAUGUUAAUUGGAUCUGGACCUCGUUUGCUUUUCAAGAUAAAAUCAAAAUUCCAGUAGGCCUUUAUGAAAAAUAAGGUUGCUGCAAGUAUAUCACAUUUUGGAUUACACUAAAAAAUUUCAUCUUUGCCUUUUUGACGAGUGAACAAACAAAAUGCUUAUAUUUUGCUGCAACUUUAGGAAUCCACAUGCGUCAGAAACAUGAGAAUUCAGAACAGGUUUAUAUAUAUAUAUUCAAAUUAAUGCGUCUAUAACUGAUACUUAAAGGUGACAGAUGAAAACUGAAAGAUAUAAAGGACACCAAGGAGCACAACAGAUGAGACCAUUAUUAUGAAAUGGGCACAAACUGAGAAGCAAUUUGGGUGCGGACGUGUGAGGGUGAGAGCAAUAACCCCAGCCUGAAAUGCAUCAAGGGGACCUCUUGCAUAAUGUCUGUCAAAUCUCUUUUUGCUCAAAACAUGUCCGGAAACAAAACAGACAAAGACGACAACAGUAGAGAGGCAUCCGUAUACUUUGAAAGACUUGUUUUUGCCUGAAUUGACCGUUAAGUUGGUUUUUAUGUCUCUGGUGUGUUGCAGUUGCAGAGAAAGCGGCACAUAGGAAACGACAUCGUGGCCAUCAUUUUCCAAGAAGAAAACACUCCCUUUGUACCGGACAUGAUCGCCUCGAAUUUUCUUCACGCCUACAUUGUGGUCCAAGUGGUUAACCCGUGCUCUGACAGCGUCCUCUACAGGGUAAGGUGCUUCCCUCUGUGGGUGAUGACUCAAAUUCCUGUGAAAAACAUCUGACUUUAUUCUUUAUAUUUACUUUCAUAGGUGUCUGUAACAGCGAGGGAUGAUGUACCUUUCUUUGGUCCAGCCCUCCCAAAUCCUGCUGUAUUUAAAAAAGUAAGACAAGAAACUACUUUUGCACUUGAGCCAAAGUAUCAUAGAGUUUUUCUCGUGACGCCAUGUCUCCUUAUUCGUCUUUUCCAGGGCCCUGAAUUCCAUGAAUUCCUGUUUACUAAGCUCAUUAAUGCAGAAUACGCCUGCUACAAAGCGGAGAAAUUUGCCAAAUUAGAGGUAAGAUGCUAAAAGACAUUUAAAGAUUCUGAAGAGCACUCCAGAGUCUAAUUUUUUUUAUUUCUUUGUAUGUGUAUAAGGAGCGAACACGGUCCGCCUUGUUGGAGACCCUGUACGAGGAGCUCCAUGUGAACAGCCAGGCCAUGAUGGGCGUCGGGGGAGACGACGACAAACUGGAAAACGGGAGCGGAGGAGGAGGGGGCUUCUUUGAGUCUUUCAAGGUACCUGAGGAUUUAGCAGUAGAGGCUUGGGAAUCUAAGUGACAGCUACAUAUGGUGCAACUCUACUGGAUUUUAAAAGCAAGAGUAUUGUCAUAUAAACCAAGAUUUUUAUGAUUUUAACACUUUAUGUUAUUUAUGUUAAGCAAGACGACAGAUAUCCUCAUUUAAACUCAGGUUAGCAUCCUUUAAAGACGCAGAUGAUCAAUAAUUGUAGUUGAGGGUUUCAUAAGAACACUCCCAUGAUUAUCUGCCAAAUAUAGAGUUGCAGUUUAGCUUAGCAUAAUAGCUGAAAAUAGGGUUUAACCCUUGUGUAACACUGUGGCUAAAAUCAGCCACUAGGGGCAAAAUUUAGCCACUAAUUUCCAUGUAACUUUUUUUUACUGCAGCAAAUGGGAUGAUUUUUUUGUGCAGAUGCUUAUAUUGAUGGACACUUUGAGAAUAUGACUUCAAAAUAUUCACCAGGUCAAAAAUACGCGCAGGGCAAAUUUUCAUCUGUUGUUAACGCUCAGUGGCUAAAAUAUGCCACUAACUUUGACUGCUGUAAAAUUAUAUUAGGUUAAUAUUUUUUUCCAAUUUUUUUCAUAUAUAUCUUAAUUAACUUCUGCUUUGAUCAAAACUAGUAAAUGUUUCAUCUAAAAACAUUUUUUUAACCCUUUUAGGGUCCAUUCAAAACAUAAUGUCACUGAUAUGGUAGAAAAUAAAUCUUAUUAAAAUCAGUCAUUUUCCUCCCGUUUUUUUCCCAAUAUUAGUGACUUUAUGUUUUAAAUGAAUCCAAUGUGUUUUUACAGCAGUCAAUGUCAGUGGCUGUUUUUAGCCACUGAGCAUUAAGAAAGGAUGUAAAUCUAAGGGUUACACAAGGUUGGCUCGGCUAUGAAAGGGACACAACACUCCUUAAAAACAACAUAUGAUUACAUUUUCAGAGAUAAUCUGUUAAAGGGAUAGUUCAGAUCUCUUUUGAAGUGGGAUUAUGUGAAGUGCUUGACAAGAGUAUACAGUGUAUUAUCCACAUAUGCACCAGGGUUAGAGACUAAGUUGACCUCAUCUGCAGCCGUAUAUCGCCUAGCUUCUAUGCUGGUUUUCCCAGAUCACCUGUGGUUAAUACACUUAUUAUUGACAAGUACCUCAUAUACCAUCACUUUAGAAAGAUAAGAGUUUAUUUUGUGGGUAUUUCAGAGUUGUUCGUCUGUAUGCUUUCAAAGGCUUCCUCACAUCCACAAGUCUCUGUUAAUCUAAAAGAAGAGAAGCUCUGCCGCUCUGUCUCCUGCUGGAUCACACCGCUCUCUGCUUCCUCAUGCUCCCCCAGCUUUUUUUUUCUGCCUCUUCCCCUCAGCUGCUCCUCUAGCUUUCAGUCACUGAUCACUAAUUCAUAUGAUCCUGUCAUCUCUGUUCGUACUAAAUUCAAAGACACUGGAUAGGUUUCUUCCACCUUUGCCUCCUCACUCUGCUACUCACCUGCUAAGAGGUGCUCUGGGCUUUAAAUUUCUCCUGGCUGUGUUUACACUCAGUGUGGUCAGACAUCUGCGAGCCACUCGGCCCCUCUACUUCCCUUCUCCUCUUUUACCUCCUAAUGACUCAUCUGAACCCCGCUCGGGGCGCUAAAGCUUAGCAGUGCUCUCUGUGGCUUCCUUGUCUGUGAGGAUUAACAUCAGGCCAGUGCUCCCGGCCUGCAGGGGUCAAUGUUCAGGGACAAACCCCCCCAGGCUCCCCUCGGCCUGUGAUGCUGAGGGGUCGCAGGGGUCAGCGCCCAUCUGAACGUAUCUCCUCCUCGUCUCUCUCUGUAGCGAGUGAUCCGCAGCAGGAGCCAGUCUAUGGACGCCAUGGGUCUAGCUUUCAAGAAGCCGCACACAGUCUCCACUAGCGUCAGCAGCAGCUUUAACCACGAACCCGCAGACAGCCCCAAAUUCCCCGGGAUAGUAAGUACAGUCCCGCUCCUCCUGAUCUCCAGGGAGGCGAGUAUAACUCCCUCUGCCUCCUCCCCCCCAGCAGCUCUACUAGAUUUAACGCCCCCUCCUCCCUCACUUUGCCUGCUGCACUAACUUCUCACAGAAACAGGCUGCACACUCGGCCGAGCGAAGCGUUUGUCCCCGGGUCUUGAGCUCGGCUUUCUCACUGAACUGUUUCACUUUGUCUGCCACCAAAAGCUGAAGUGACCGGACACUCAUAACAGACCUGAAUGCUUGAGGGACACCAGGUGGAUUUCUGCUCUGGGUUCAAGCUGCUUCUAACACAAACUGUUUGUUUCCUGAAUGCUCAUUUUUUAAAAGCUCAUCUGCAUAGUUUUUAACCCACCUACCUUUUUUUUAUGAAUGCAGAGCUGAGUCAAAGGUGUGUGUGUGUGUGUAGGUGUGUGGGUGUGUGUGUGGGCAUGCCACAAAAUACUUGUUUUGAUAACACUUUAUACAUUUCGAGGUGGGAUGUAACGGUACACUCAACCUUACCCACGAUGCUGGGUUUGGUAUAAAAUGAUUAGUUAGAAAAAUCGCCUCGUAUUUUCGGUGUGAUGAAAAACAUGCUUUUGUUUUUAAAGAGCACUUCAGCUUGAUCCCAAGGUGAGAUGGUGUAAAUGAAAAGGGAACACAUUUAAAUAUUUGAUAUUUCGAGGCCUGAUAUGGCGCGGUCUUUUACGCCUCUUCUCCACUGUCACAUGCAGACACAUGUGCAACAGCGGAGGAGAGAUUGUUGAGAAGUUUAUCAAAAGAAAACAUUGAAUUGCAAAAUCUUGACCUGCUGCUUUCCUAUAGACUCUAAAACAGACAUUAUGUAAACAUGUUAAUAUUUGUUCUUAAAACUGGCCUUUUUGGAUUAGUGUCUAUGUGGUUUCUUGUGAUUCUGCAGCCAGCCUCCAGUGGGCAUGUGGGGAACUGCAGUGUCUGUCACCUCCAUUCAAAUCGUAAUGAUGCUACAGUAAAGCCGUCAAAGGCUUUUAGCUCCCUCUAUUAUUUAUUGUUUCAUCUUUCCUUCUUGGAGAAAAAUUUGGACCAGUCUAAAAAGUAUUAGAACAUUUACGGUAAUGAAGCAGUAGGGUUCAGACUCCCUGGCAGUGCUCCUGCUCUGUUGUUUUUCCGUUUCAUGAGGUAACGUUACAUCCCCGUUAUUAAUGGAAGAAAAAGAAAAUCAAACUUGUAUCUGCAGCUUUUAACUUCAGUGCUUUUUUUGAGUGAGUAUAUUUUGUUCAAAAAUCACUGACACAGAGAAACGCAAUAUCUUUUCAACUCGAACAGGAGCUUUCAUCGCAGAUACAAGGUCUUCACUCUGCAUAUGGGUGCUUGUCUGAUAAUACCUGAACUCUGGUACUUUUGAUGAUUUCUUUGUGUGGGAACUUUUCUCGAUACUGAGGAAAACUUUUAGUCAUCUAGACUUAACCUUCAGUUAUUUUGAUUAGCUCACAACUCCAGCUUACAUUGUUCUCAUAACCCAGUCUUGUUUUAUAUCUAAUGUGUAACAUGCUGAGUGUCCUCCUCUGCUGUUUUUAUCUGUUCUUCAUCCUCUUUUCUCUCACAGGCUCACAUAACCAGCUCAUCACUUCUUCUCUCCCUCACCCAGCUGCCUGUGUUGCACCCAUGGAGCCAAAAUGUCCCUUUUUUGUAUUCUCCAGUUGGCCUGUGCUUUGUAUUUUGUUUGAAUAACAUGACUUACUGCAUGGACUCAUAUAUAUCUGUAUUUAUCUCAUGUUUUUUCUCCCCUCCCCUACCCCACCCUACCUCCCCUUUUUUUCUCUGUCUCCUGCCUCAUCACAUCUCUCUCUCUCUGUCUCUUUCUGUCCCUCUCUGGCUCACCUCUUCCUGCGUGGCUCAGUCAUUGCUUGUCCCAGGCAAAAGUCCCAGUAAAUAUGGACGUCGAGGCAGUGCCAUAGGGAUAGGAACAGUAGAAGAGGUUCAUGUCUAAUUCUAACUUCUUUCUAACUGCUCGCUUCUCCCCUUUGGCGCUUGUUUUGUCUGCAUGGCUUUAACAUACCACGGCCAAACCCUUUUCUCGCUACAUCUCAGCACUCUGUUUAAUGCAGUGUGUUAAAGAUAGGGGGUGGUACAUUUUCCAAGUUUGGUGAAACAAAUGAAGGUCUAAUAUUCUUCCCCUGAUUUAUUUUUCUUUAUUACUUAAUUGGACUGUUAAAUCAGAUAUCUUAGGUCCACCUUUGGCUCUCUGCUUUUCACGGUCUUUCCUGCUUUUCUUCGAUAUAUGUUCGACUACAAUUCUGUAUGUUACGUCCACAAUACUUGAUUCUUUAUUUGUGUAAAGUGAUGAAUAUUAAUGCUUUAAUGACCCCCCCUGCAGGGGAAUUAUGAAAAAAGAGUCCUCCCCCAGCUCUUUGAAGCCGUGCUGAAUAAAAAAGGCUUUUUUCAGGUUCUUAUUUUGAGAGCUUUAAAAGGGAGAUUGAACGAACAAAGCAGUCGCUGAGAAAGCACAUUUAGUGGUAGGCCCUGGAGCCUUUAAACCCAUCUUUCAUCUCCCGCCUUCGUGUGCUCUGCCCGGGCUGACAGACAGGCACCGGGGCCUGACAUUAAGCUGCUAAGUGCAUAUUCAAACUUCUUUUAUCAUGAGAGGAACAAGUCAAAGGGGGAAAUGUUACUGUUUAGCCUCGUAACUCUAGGCGACUCUUGUUUUCUUUUACCAGAAGAAAAAAACAGCUAAAAAUAUUCAAUAGAUACCUUAACUCUUGAGAUUUUUUUAACAUAAUUCAAAGAUAUUCAGAGUGUUGGCGGUAUUUUAACUCUGAUUUCUUCCCUCCCUCUCCGGCAGUCUUUGAUAAUCCCGGGGAAAAGUCCAACCAGGAAAAAGUCGGGUCCUUUCAGCUCCAGGAGAAGUAGUGCCAUCGGUAUCGAAAACAUCCAAGAAGUCCAAGAAAAAAGGUGAAAAAAAAAAUCCCAUAUUCAAAUUUUUUAUCUGCUUUCUCAUGCAUCAACUUAUAUUCUUCAUAAACCAAAUCUUAUUUAUUAUUACCUCAUCUGCUUGUCCUGAUAUCUCCGAUGGUUUUUUAUUGUCUCUUGUAGCAGUAGAGAGAGCUCCCCAAACACCCAGAAGACCCCUGACAGUGGCCACGUAUCACAAGACCCCAAGUCGGACAACUCGUCCAAUCAGAGCUCUCCUGAGGUGCUCACAACCACCAAACACAGGUGUGUAUGACGGGCAGGUCACACUCUUAUAUGACUCGAUUUGUGGUUCAUAAUGGUGUUUUUGUAACUGCGGGUCGAUUCUCAGAUUAGUGGCUGACUCUUUUAGAUUGAGAUUAAGAUAACCCAGUAUGUAGUUCUGUUCUCGGUGGCAGGGCUCCGUCCAUUCCUGAGGGUCACGACCUCUCGCGUUCGUCCUCCAACGCCAGCAGCUUCGCCAGUGUGGUGGAGGAGAACGAAACAGAGGCCACAGAGGACUACGACACGGGCAUGGUGAGUUUCCCGCUUGGCGUGUGCGUGUCAGAAGCUAUCAUCCCUAUCGUGCGCUAAACCUGGCGUGCAGCACAAGUGUCAUUGUCAUUUUUUUUGUUCCACUUGAUGCACUCCAGGGUGCACUUUACGCCCAGCACCUAGGUUGUGUAAAUAGCAAGUGAGCCUGUGUCGAUGUUACACCCAGGGGUGUGUCGGAUUUGAAACGAGGUGUGGUCAUGUGCGAAGGUGGCGUCUUGCUGUCUUGAGGAAGCAGAAAGACUCAGCGCCUUUGAUCAACAAAAACCCGGUCUAAAGUCCUGAGUCAGUGGUUCUGCUCCUGGCUCUCAUGCAUAAAUGUUUGAAUCUGCAAAUUCCUCGAGCCUGAAGUGUAAAUAGGUGUUUUCUGUUGAACUUAAAUCCACGUGUUUCCAUUUCCCUGCUCUGUUUACUUCUCAGGAGAGUCUGUCAUCUGCGGGGACGCCUCACAAGCGAGACUCCCUCACAUACAGCACCUGGCUGGAGGACAGCACCAGCACCACCAGUAACACCAGUCGCUGCAGCUCACCAGGCGAGCAUAUUGCGAUUACAUGCAAGUUAACGAACAUAUAAAAGAAAAACAUGGCUAAUCGAUAAGAUGUGCACCAGAGUUUUCCCUUUUUUGGGGGAAGCGAAUCAUUAAUUUUGCACCAUCGCUGGUAAAAAGUUGAAAAACAUGUUGAGAUACUAAACCCUUUAUCUGUCCUGCAGGUCCAAGUAAACCUGAGCGAGGGAGGGGCACCGACAUCCGCAUCAAACUUGAACGACCACAGGAUCGUCAGUCCUCAUCGGUGAGUCAAGCCCAUCCUGGACUAAACUGAAAUCUCAGCUCUAAAGUCUGAGUCACUUCUUAGUCUUUGUUGUUGUUUCAUAUUUGUCUUUAUUUCUUUAUUUUUGCAGAACUGUUAG